GUGGAGGGAUAGCGAGGAGGGAAGCAGAACUACACGGACCUAACUGUGUAGUUUUGUUUAGUUCGGGGGGGAAUAUUCGGAGGCUCGACCGUUCUCAACUUGGAAUUUUGUUGAAAAGCUUGUGGAUAAAGAGAAGGAAGCUCUACAGCUGGGGUCUGUCCCAUCAGUCCCAGGUACAAGCUGCCGACCAUCAUGUCCACGCAGGCACCGACGUUCACGCAGCCGCUGCAGAGCGUCGUGGCACUAGAGGGUAGUGCCGCGACGUUUCAGGCUCAAGUUAGUGGUUCUCCAGUUCCUGAGGUGAGCUGGUUCCGUGAUGGCCAGGUUCUUUCCGCUGCUGCUCUGCCCGGCGUUCAGAUCUCGUUCAGCGACGGCCGCGCUGUUCUGACGAUCCCCGCUGUGACUGCCGCGCACAGCGGAAGAUUCUCCAUCAGAGCCACCAAUGGUGCCGGACAAGCCACAAGCACAGCCGAGCUCCUGGUCACAGCGGAGACGGCGCCGCCCAACUUCCUCCAGAGGCUGCAGAGCUCCUCAGUGACCCAGGGCAGCCAGGUGAGGCUGGACAUCCGAGUCACAGGCAUCCCAGCACCUGUGGUGAAGUUCUACAGGGAGGGAGCAGAGAUCCAGAGCUCUGCCGACUUCAGGAUCCUCCAGGAGGGAGACCUGUACACACUGCUCAUAGCCGAGGCCUUCCCAGAGGAUUCUGGGACGUAUUCUGUGACGGCCACCAACAGCAGCGGACGGGCCACAUCCACUGCUGAGCUGCUGGUUCAGGGGGAAGAAGCUGUUCCAGCAAAGAAAACCAAGACUGUGAUUUCAACCUCUCAGAUUUCACAAACUCGUCAAACCCGAGUGGAGAAGAGGAUGGAGGCCAGUUUCCAGGCCACCGCCAUGAUGGAGAUCCAGGGGGAGGCCGGCGAGGUGACACACCAGCUGGCUCACAAGACUCCUCCCCGAGUCCCUCCCAAACCCAUGUCCAAGUCCCCGACCCAGUCCUCGCUGGUCGUCAAGGUGACAGGAGGACGCCAGCAGUCCCCGUCACCCGUCAGACAUGUUAAGGCGCCAACGCCCACACCAGUCAGGCCUGCUUCUCCCACUUCAAGACUCUCAGUCUCCCCCAUCAGGCCAGUCAAGUCCCCCAUCUCCACACGAAGGCAGGGGGCCGCCGGGGCCGACGUCUUGCCACCAUGGAAGCAGGGAGACUACGUGGCUGAGGCCAGCUUCGCCAGUAUGACCAGUACGACCACCAUCACCCAGCUGGGUCAGGAGCAGCACUGGGAACAGGUUGUCGGGGUCAAAGAGGCCGCGGGGGGGCAGAGAUCCGGAGCGGUGGCCACAGUGAUGGCCGCCGUCGACCUGGCUCGUGUCCGUCAGCCUGUUCAGGUGGAGGCUGGUGGAGCCGGAGAGGCCGAGUUAGGGCAGCAGGUUGGAGGCGGCUGGAUGCUAACUGCUCAGUUCACACCUGAACCGGCCCGGCCUCAGAUUCAGAAAGCGACAGAAAUCCUCGUGGACACUGGUCUGGUCUCGUCUCCAGUUCCACAUUUCACAGUUUCUAAAGUUUCUGUCCCAAACCCUGAGUCUAGCUCUGAGGUGGUGGAGGCAGCAGAUGUUCCUUCUGCAGGUGGAGCCGUGGUUCCACCCACACUGGAGUCUGGCUUGAAAAACACAACCGUGACCGAGGGCGAGUCCGUGACCCUGGAGUGUCAGAUCAGCGGUCAGCCUGCGCCGGUCAUCAUGUGGUUCAGAGAGGACUACAAGAUGGAGUGCUCCAUCGAUUUCCAGAUCAGCUACGAGAGUGGAUUCGCCCGGCUGGUGAUCCGCGAGGCGUUCGCUGAAGACAGCGGCCGCUUCACCUGCACCGCCACCAGCGAGGCGGGGACAGUCAGCACCUCCUGCUACCUGCUCGUCCAAGUGUCCGAGGACAUCGAGAGCAGGGAGGAGAUGGCUGUCGUCACCGAACAUGUUGAAACUGCUCAAGAGAAGCUUGUAACCGAAGAAGCCACAGAGGAAACCAUGUCUCAGGUUAGCAUGGCAGAGUCAGACAGUGCUGCCACUGCUCCCUUCUUCAUCCAGAAACCCAGCGUUCAGAAGCUGGUGGAGGGAGGAAGCGUCCUAUUCGAAUGUCAGGUGGGUGGAAGCCCCAAGCCCCACAUCAUCUGGAAGAAGAGCGGUGUCCCGCUUACCACCGGAUACAGAUACAAAGUCGCCUACAAGAAGGAGACUGGAGAGUGCAGGUUGGAGAUCUCCAUGACCUUCGCAGAUGACGCCGGAGAAUAUUCUGUGUUUGUGAAGAAUCAGCUUGGAGAAGUUUCAGCCUCAGCCAGCCUGCUGGAGGAAGAUGAAUACGAAAUCUACAUGAAGACACAGGAAGAAACCUUUAAGACUGAAGUGACCACAGUGGUGCAGGAGCCCAAAGUGGCAGACGUCCCCCCCGUCGUUGUGACGACAAUGGAGAGGAUGACCACCACUAUCAUCUCAGGACAGGAGUUUCACCUUUCUGCCAUCGAGCAGAGGAUCAUCCAGGAGAUCGAGCUCCACAUCAUGAGUAUCACCUACAGAGAGAUUGUGACAGAGGACGGAGAGUUGAUGGUGACCGCCACCGCCACAGACGCCGUGCAGCCGGCCUUCGACACACCGGUCAAAAACUACAGGAUCAUUGAGGGAAUGGGCGUCACUUUCCACUGCAAAGCAGCUGGAACGCCACUACCUAAGAUCGUUUGGUACAAAGACGGCCAGCGCAUCAGGCCUGGUGGCCGGUACCAGAUGGAGGUUCUUCAGGAUGGGCGAGCCAGCCUGCGCCUGCCGGUGGUGCUGCCUGAGGACGAGGGCGUGUACACCGCCUUCGCCGCCAACAUGAAGGGAAAUGACGUCAGCUCUGGGAAACUCUAUGUGGAGCCUUCCGGAGCCGUCACACCUCAGAGAUACACACCACAGCCAGCAAUGCAGAGGAUCAGGUCCACCUCUCCUCGUUCCAUGAGCCGCUCCCCGGGUCGCUCUCCCAGCCGUUCUCCCGCCCGCCGUCUGGAUGAGACAGAUGAGGCUCAACUGGAAAGACUCUACAAACCUGUGUUUGUUAUGAAACCGUCCUCAUGUAAAUGCUCUGAGGGACAAACUGCCAGAUUUGACUUGAAGGUUGUUGGCAGGCCCAUGCCAGAGACCUACUGGUUCCACAAUGGACAACAAGUGGUUAGUGACUACACCCACAAGAUCGUUGUCAAAGAAGACGGUAUCCAGUCCCUGAUCAUUGUCCCGGCCAUGCCACAAGAUUCUGGAGAAUGGACAGUCAUCGCUCAGAACAGAGCUGGACGCUCGUCCCUCUCCGUCACUCUCACUGUCGAUGUUAAAGAAACGUUGGUGCGACCUCAGUUCACCGACAAGCUGAAGAACAUCAGUGUGAAACAGGGCACUCUGGUGGAGCUGGCUGUUAGAGCCAUGGGAAACCCUCUGCCUGAUAUCGUCUGGCUGAAAAACAGUGACAUCAUCUCACCGCACAAGCACCCCAACAUCAGGAUUGAAGGAACCAGAGGAGAGGCCAAAUUCCAGAUCCCAUCUGCUUCAGGCUCAGACAGCGCCUGGUACACAGCGACAGCCAUCAACAAGGCUGGCAGAGACACCACCCGCUGCAGAGUCAAUGUGGAGGUGGACUAUGCUGAACCGGAACCAGAGAGAAAACUUAUAAUUCCCAAAGGAACGUACAAGGCCAAGGAGAUUGCUCCUCCGGAGUUGGAGCCCCUUCAUCUGCGAUAUGGUCAAGAGCAGUGGGAGGAGGGCGACCUCUACGACAAAGAGAAGCAGCAGAAACCACUGUUCAAGAAAAAGCUGACCUCUAUCAGGAUGAAGCGGUUCGGUCCUGCUCAUUUUGAGUGCCGACUGACCCCGAUUGGUGACCCCAUCAUGGUAGUGGAGUGGCUGCACGAUGGCAAACCCCUGGAUGCUGCUAACAGGCUACGCAUGGUCAAUGAAUUUGGCUACUGCAGCCUUGACUAUGAAGCUGCUUACGCUAGAGACAGCGGUGUCAUCACUUGCAGAGCCACGAACAAGUUCGGAGUGGACCAGACCUCGGCCACCCUGAUUGUCAAGGAUGAGAAGGGUCUAGUUGAGGAGAGUCAACUUCCUGAAGGCAGGAAGGGAGCUCACAGAAUGGAUGAGAUGGAGCGCCAAGCUCAUCAGGGAGGACCCUAUGGAGUUAGUGCUGACGACGAAUCUGAAAAGUCCAAACCUGAAAUUGUUCUCCUUCCUGAACCAGCCAGAGUGCUUGAAGGCGACAUUGCUCGAUUCCGUUGCAGGGUGACCGGUUAUCCAGCACCCAAAGUGAACUGGUACCUCAAUGGACAACUUAUCCGCAAAAGCAAGCGAUACAAACUUCGUUAUGACGGUAUUUACUAUUUGGAAAUCACUGAAAUCAAGUCCUAUGACUCAGGAGAGGUCAAAGUGGUGGCAGACAACAACCUGGGCUCAGCUGAGCACACAGUAAAGCUGGAGAUUCAGCAGAAAGAGGACUUUAGAACUCAUCUGCGUCGUGCUCCUGAGGCAAAGGCAGCCGAGGCUGCACCUGAACCGGGGAAAACACAAUUCGAGGUGGUGAAGGCUGAGAAACCUGCAGAGGACUCUCAGUUGAAAGAGGUGGUCACGCUCAAGAAAGCCCAGAGAAUCAUCCAUGAGAAAUCCACGGAGGAGUCAGAGGAGCUGAGGGGUAAGUUUAAGCGUAGGACAGAGGAAGGCUAUUACGAGUCCAUCACCGCGGUGGAGCUCAAGGCACGUAAGAAGGAUGAAAGCUAUGAGGAUCUGCUGAAGAAAACAAAGGACGAUCUGCUUCACCGAGCCAAGAAGAAGGCGGAGGCCGAGAAGAAGAAGGAGGAGGAGCGCCGCAAAGUUACAGCCAAAUCUCUCAAACCAGAGAGAGUCAAGCUCUCAGCCAGUAUGGAAGCUCCUAAGAUCAUAGAGCGUAUCACAAGCCAGACCGUAGCACAAGGUGAAGAAGUUAAGUUCAGAGUCAGAGUCGUGGGCAGACCAGAACCUGAGUGCCAGUGGUUCAAGAACGGUGUUCAGCUGGAGAAGUCUGACCGUAUUUACUGGUACUGGCCUGAGGAUCAUGUGUGUGAACUGGUGAUCAGAGACGUCAGAGCAGAGGAUUCUGCCAGCGUCAUGGUAAAAGCUUCAAACACUGCAGGAGAGACUUCCAGCCACGCUUUCCUGCUGGUGCAAGCAAAGCAAGUCAUCACAUUUACACAGAAACUGGAAGAAGUUAGUGCCAAGGAGAAGGACACCAUGGCAACCUUUGAAUGUGAGACCAACGAGCCAUUCAUCAAGGUCAAAUGGCAGAAGAAUAAUGUGGAUAUCUUCUCUGGAGACAAGUACAGGAUGCACUCUGACAGGAAGGUUCACUUCCUGUCUGUGCUGACGAUCGACAUGAGGGACGAUGCAGAAUAUUCCUGUGUAGUUAUUGACGACGACGUCAGGACGACUGCGAAGCUGAACGUGGAAGGAGCCCCUCUGGAGAUGUUGAAGCAACUCGAGAGUACAGAGGUGCCAGAGACAUACUCUGGAGAGUUUGAGUGUCUCGUGUCACGCGAGGAUGCAGAAGGAAGCUGGUUUUUCGGACAAAAGCUGUUGACUCCCGGAAGUAAAUACGUCAUGUCCUCCCGUCGUGGAAGACACACCCUGUCUGUCAAAGACGUCAAGAAGGAGGACCAAGGAACUUAUUCCUUCAAAGUGAUGGAGUUCAAGACGAGCGCCUCACUCAAGAUGAAAUUGCGCCCAGUGACCCUCAUGCAGCCGUUGACUGACCUGACGGUCUGCGAGGGCGACAUUGCACAGAUGGAGGUCAAGUUCUCCCAGGAGAACGUUGAAGGAACCUGGAUGAGGAAUGGGCAGCCUGUCACAGCCUCAAACCGAAUCCACAUUGUUAUCGACAAACAGACCCACAAACUCUUGUUUGAAGACACCAACAAGAGCGACUCUGGAACAUACUCCUUCGUUGUUCCCGAUCAGGAGAUCUCAACCUCUGCAAAGCUGAUCAUUCAGACAAUCGGAGUGCUGAUACCACUAAAGGACACAAAUGCCAUUGAGGGCACCAAAGCCGUUCUGGAGGCCAAGAUCUCCGCUCAAGACAUCAGCUCAGUCAAAUGGUUCCACAACGACAAACUGCUGACACCGAGCGACCGAAUCCAGCUGGUGGCGAAAGGAUCCAAGCAGCGUCUGGUCGUCAACAGGACAUACGCUUCUGAUGAAGGACACUACAAACUGGUGGUUGGUCGAGCUGAUACCAGCUGCAGAUUCACUGUUCAGACUGUCCAGAUCGUGACCCCGAUGAAAAACAAGGAAUGCUCAGAGUCUGAGAACGUCACCUUCGAGGUCGAGGUGUCUCACCCGGGUAUAGACGCUUUCUGGACCUUCAAGAGGCAGCCUCUCAAAGCAGGCACCAAAUACAAGAUGGAAUCCAAAAACAAGCGCCACACCCUGACUGUCAUGAAUGCCAGGAAGGACGAGGAGGGCGAGUACAUGUUUGCUGCCGGUGAGAAGAUGUGCAGUGCCUCUCUCACUGUGACAGGUGGCGCUAUCAAGAAGCCUCUACGUGAUCUGGUGGUGGCUGACUCCCAGACUGCCGUGCUGGAGUGUGAGGUCGCCAACCCUGCUGCCGAGGGCAAGUGGCUGAAAGACGGCCAGUCUGUUGACUUCAACGAGAACGUUGAGAGUCAGGUGAAUGGCACUGUCCGACGCCUCGUCAUUAUCAUCACCAAAGCAACCGACAUCGGAGAGUACACUUAUCAGGUUGCAACCUCCAAGACCUCCGCCACCCUGAAAGUUGAGGCUGUGAAGGUAAAGAAGACCCUGAAGAACCAGAAUGUGGUCCAGACUCAAGACGCUGUUUUCAUCCUUGAGCUCACCCACGAAGAUGUGAGGGGAGCACAGUGGAUCAAGAACGGUGUCGAGAUCCAGCCCAGCAACAAAUACGAGAUCAGUAUCGAAGGCAGCGUCCACACCCUGAAGAUCAAUAACUGCACCACACACGAUGAGUCGGUUUACUCCUUUAAACUUGGAAAACUGUCUGCAAAUGCCAGACUGAACGUGGAAACAAUAAGGAUCCUAAAGAAGCCGAAGGACGUGACUUCACUGUUGGGUGCGAGCGCUGUAUUCGAGGUCGGCAUCUCCGAGGACGACAUUCCGGUCAAAUGGAUGUUCAACAAAAUGGAGCUGAGGCCGAACGAGCACUAUAGGAUGCUCUCUGAGAAGAAGACGCACAAACUGUUUGUCCAGGAUGUUGACAACAGCAAAGAGGGAGAGUACACCGUGGUGGUUGGACACAUGCAGUGCAGCGCGCGCCUCAUCGUCGAGUCUCUGCGAGUCACCAAACCUAUGAAGAGCGUGGAGGUGCCAGAGACUCAGGUGGCCACGUUCGAGUGUGAGGUUUCUCACUUCAACGUCCCGUCCAAGUGGCUGAAGGACGGCGUGGAGAUCGAGAUGAGCGAGAAGUUCAGGAUCGUGGUUCAAGGAAAACUUCACCAGCUGAAGAUCACGAACACCAGCAGGGACGACUCAGCCGAGUACACCUUCGUUUGUGGCAACGACCGACUCUCCGCCACGCUCACCGUCAGCCCAAUUCUGAUCGCGACGAUGUUGCAGAACGUGAACGCUCAGGAGAAAGACUCUGUCACAUUAGAAGUAAACAUUAACUACGAGGGAAUUGCUUACAAAUGGCUGAAGAACGGAGUGGAGAUCCGGUCCACAGACAGAUGCCAGGCUCGCUGUCGACAGCUCACGCACACUCUGUGCAUCAGGAGCGUCCAUUUUGGAGACAGUGCUGAAUAUGCCUUCAUGGCUGGUUCUGCAGUGACCACAGCCAAACUUUAUGUUGAGGCUCGUGUGGUUGAGUUCACCAAACAUCUGAAGGACCUAAAGAUCACAGAGAAGAAGAGGGCGACGUUUGAAUGUGAACUCUCUGAACCAAACAUCCAGGUGAUGUGGAUGAAAGACAGUCAGGAGCUGGAGAUGUCUGACAGAUACAAAAUGACCUCAGAUAAGUUCCUGCACCGUCUGGUUCUGCCGUCUGUCCGCCUGUCUGACGCUGGAGAAUACACCGCCGUGGCAGGAUCCAGUCUGUCCAAGGCGCACCUGGCGGUCGAGGGACGAGACGUCCAAAUCUCAGAGCCUGCGAGCAGGAACAUCACAGUGGUUGAGAAACUCAGAGCGACCUUUGAGUUCGAGGUGAACGAGGACGACGUGGACGCUCGCUGGAUGAGGAACGGGGUGGAGAUCCAGUUCUCAGUGGAGGAGAGGUUCAGCUACGCCACCAUCAGGAGGCUGCACCGCCUCACCAUCUCCGAGACGUACAGGAGCGACGCCGGCGAGUACACCUUCUCAGCCGGGAAGAACAAGAGCACCAUGAACCUCCACGUGAAAUUGCCGGAGCCUCCGGAGAUCGUGCGCCCGGUGCAGCCCCAGAGCGUGGUGUCCGGGAGGUCGGUCCGCUUCUCGGUGCAGGUGAGCGGCCUCCCGGCGCCUCAGGUGUCCUGGUACAAGGACUCUCAGGCUCUGUCCGUCAGCGACAACUGCAAGUUCCUCCACGACGGAAACGAGCACACGCUGCUGCUGCUGGAAGUUCUCCCCCAGGACGCCGCGGCCUACAGCUGCGAGGCCAGGAACGACUACGGAGCGGCCACCAGCUCGGCUCUUCUCACUGUCGAAGUUCCUGAGGUGGUGGAGACGCUGGCUCGGGUCUCAGCUCCGGUCCUCGUCGCUCCCUUGAGACACGUACUGGUCACUGAGGGACACUCGGCCCAGUUCCAGUGCACUGUGUCUGGGGAAGAUCUGCAGGUUUCAUGGUUCUGUAACAACCGAGAGCUCAGAGACUCGGACAUCUUCAGGAUGUCUCAUUAUGGGGACACCUGCCAGUUGGACAUUUCCAGAGUUCUCCACGACCACGAAGGAGAGUACUCAUGUGUCGCCACAAACUCUGCGGGAAUGGUCACAUGUGAGGCUUCGUUGAAUAUCGAUGUCACUGCAGUGGAGAAGGAACCAGUGACUCAGGUCGUGGAGGAAAUAAAAGUGAAACCUGUGUUCAGACACAGAAUCGUCCCUGUGGAGAUCAACAUUGGCAACACCGCCAAGUUCGAAUGUGAAACUGAAGACGCUCCGAAUGUGAGCUUCAAGUGGUUCAAGGAUGGAAACCCCAUCAAAGAGGGGGAUAAGUACCGGAUCAUCAGUCGCUUCAGCAUGUCCUCACUGGAGCUUCUGACCCCGACCAGGGACGACAGCGGUGAAUACAGCUGCAAGGCGUCCAACCAGCACGGUGGUGACGAGUGCUCCGCCUCUCUCAGCGUGACAGAAAGAAAGGUCCCUCCAAACUUCACCAAGAGGCCCUCGGAGUCCAUGGUGGAUUCAGUGGGUAAGACGGUGAAGAUGGAGGGUCGCGUGUCUGGCUCACAGCCACUCAACGUCACGUGGUUCAAGGACAACAAUGAAAUCUAUGCCUCUGACAAAUAUGACAUCAGCUUCAAGAAUAAUGCGGCUGUGCUGUGUGUGAAAGCCUCCAGCAGCUCGGACGGCGGCGCCUACAGCUGCGAGGCCACCAACGAGGCUGGAAAAGCCUCCUGCCGGGUUUCUCUCACCAUUUCAGAAACUAGCCAAGCUCCUAAAUUUGAUGUUCGCCUGGAGCCUGAGACGGUGAGCGAGGGCGAGAAGCUGAGCCUCAAAUGCCACGUGAGCGGCUCUCCUCCACUCACCAUCCAGUGGAUGAAGGACAGGAGGGAGCUGAAGUCCAGUGGAAACACCAGGAUCACGUUUGUUGGUGGGAAGGCCUGUCUGGAGAUCAGCCCGGUGUCAAAGAGUGACGCAGGAGAUUACCUGUGCAAGGCCAGCAAUGCUACGGGCAGCGACUUCUGCAAGUCCAGGGUCAAUGUACAAGACAAAGGAUCCAAGGCUGCCCCUGCUGAGGCCGCCGCCCCACCCGCCCCGGCUGCAGCCGCUCCGGUCAAAAGACUUGAGAACUUGUUCUUCAUCGAGGAACCUAAAAAUGUUUCUGUCUCAGAGAAGGGCACAGCAACCUUCAUAGCCAAGAUUGGAGGUGACCCAAUCCCAAGCGUGAAGUGGAUGAAGGGCAAAUGGAGGCAGAUCACUCCCGGUGGUCGUAUUUCCAUCCAGCAGAAGGGCCAGGAAGCCAAACUGGAGAUCCAGGAGGUGACCAAGUCUGACGCUGGGCACUACAGAUGUGUCGCCUCCAACAAGCAUGGAGAGAUCGAGUGCAGCUCUGAGAUGGAGGUUUCCAAAAAGGAGGAAGUGGAAGGACUCGGAGACAUAAGGACAAGACUGAAGAAGACUCCCUCGAAGCAGAAGAGCCCAAAGAAAGAACAAGAAGUAGAUAUCGUCGAGUUGCUGAGACGUCACGACCCCAAAGACUACGAGAAGAUCCUGCAUGAACAUGGGAUCCAAGACUUCCGGGCCAUCCUGCAGGCCAUGGAUUUCCUGAAGCGGGAGAGGGAGACGGAGACUGGAAAAAUGGACGUGGAGCACGGAGGUCGGGUUGAAGAGGAGGAUAUGGCCAGACUCAUCCAGCAGCUGGAGGGACGUGUCGGCACUGAGCCUGUCUCUGUCCUGGAGGACAUCAGUGACCAGACGGCGACUGAGACCCAGAGCGCCACCUUCGAGUGUCAGAUCAGGAUCAACUACCCAGAGAUCGCUCUGACCUGGUACAAGGGAACGCAGAAACUCGACAACAGCGACAAGUAUGACAUCAGCAGCGUGGGAGACCGCCAUUAUCUGAAGGUCGUCAACUGCCAGGACAAAGAUCAGGGCAACUACCGUGUUGUGUGUGGUCCUCACAUCUCCAACGCCAAACUCACCGUGUCAGGAGUCGACUCUGUGGUCGCUGGACCGGCGCCGAAGGGAGAAGCUCCAGGUUCCGCUGAGCUUCUCCUCGCAGACAAAGACAUUGUGUUAGGAAAGGUUCCUCAGGACGUCCCCGACGUGUCGCUUCCAGCAACAGAAACAGACUCUUAUGUUUUCAGAGAUUCCUCCGACAUUUAUCAGUGCGUAGAAACAACUCGAGUUAAAGAAGAGAGAAAGACCGUAGAGGAAGUUGUUGAGACGACUCAGUUCGAGAGCAGAGAAGAAAUCCCUGAAGUGAUGGAGGUUCGAAGCACAGCGGAGGAGAAACGCUCUGACGCUGCCGCUCCAGUCCAAGAACCUUCAGUUUGUGCUGAGCCAGAGUUCAGUCCUGAACCUUAUCAACACAAACCAACAACAGCAGAAACAAAACCUUCUCCUCCUGAGGCCAAAAUGAAGCCGGAACCUGAAGCAGUGAAAGUCAAAGCUGUGAAGAAAGAAGCAGAAGCUCCUGAAGCGAGAGUGACUCCUCAAGAGGAGAAGAAACCAACUGCAUCCAAACCAAAGGCUUUACCUCCUUCACAGAAGGGUGCGCCCCCUGCAGUUUCUCCCCUGGAGGAGAAGAAACCAUCUGCACCGGCACUCAAACCUUCACCUCCUACUCCUGCUGCUGCAGAGAAAGUUACGCCCCCUGCAGUGACUCCUCAAGAGGAGAAGAAAGCAUUGAAACCUUCAGCUCCUGCUGCUGCUGCCAAAGCAGCGCCCCCUGCAGUUUCUACUCCAGAGGAUAAGAAACCAUCUCCUCUGUCACCAAAGGUUCCAGCAGAAAAACUCCUUCUUCCUUCAGCUCAAGUUGCAGCGAUGCAGAGGAAACCAUCUCCUCCGGCCGCUAAGGCUGAACGCUCUCCUGUGUCGGAGGAAAUGUCUCCACCUGAAGAUAUGGAACCAGUUUCAGCUCCUGGACCAACUAAAGAUGGAAAACCAUCGGAGGAGCCGGUGAAAGGCAGAGGCCGAGGACUCGGUGCGAGACAGACGCCAUCACCAGGUGACGGCGGGCGGGGCCGCGGCCUGAGGCCCGGUGGCAAAGGCCCGUCCCCUCCAGAGGAUCCCUUCGGAGGGUUCAAGCUGAAAGCCGUCCCUCUGAAGUUCAUCAAGAAGCUGAAGGACAUCGUGCUGCAGGAAGCCGAGUCCAUCGGCUCCGCCGCGGUGUUUGAGUGCGAGGUCUCACCUUCCACUGCCAUCACCUCCUGGAUGAAAGAUGGCAGCAACCUGCGCGAGAGCCCCAAGCACAAGUUCACCUCUGACGGCAAAGAUCGCAAGCUGAACAUUAUUGAUGUUCAAUUGUCCGACACUGGUGAAUACAGCUGUGUGGCCAAGAACGCUGGAAAGGAAAUAACGUGCACAGCCAAGCUCAUCGUAGAAGAGCUUCCUGUGAAAUGGUUGAAAGACCUGGAGCCAGAGACCACGUGUAUGAAGAGCCAGCCCAUGUAUCUGACCUGCGAGCUGAACAAAGAGAGGGAGGUCGUCUGGAAACGUAACGGAGCUCUCCUCAAGCAACAGGCCGGAAAGGUGGCCAUCAACAUCAUCGGCAUGCAGCACUCCGUGACCAUCCAGAACGCCACCGAGGACGACGCCGGCGCCUACACGUGUGAGGUGGACGGACAGGAGGACGUCAAGACCACGACCAACGUGAAAGUGAUCGAAAUAAUCAAAGACUGGCUGGUGAAGCCUCUGAGGGACCAGCACGUCAAACCCAAGGCCAAGGCCACGUUCAAGUGUGAGCUGUUCAAGGACACGCCCAACUGGAAGUGGUUCAAGGGCGACGAGGAGCUCGCGCCUUCAGACAAGGUCGAGGUCAAAAAAGACGGGAAGGACAUGACCCUGACUGUCAACAGCUGUCAGCCCGACGACGUGGCGGACUACACCAUCCAGGUGGAGGAUCGCAGAUACACAGCCAAGCUCACACUGGGAGAGCGCGAGGCGGAGGUCCUGAAGCCGCUCGCCAGCGUGGAGGUGGUGGAGAAGGAGGAGGCGAACUUUGACACUGAGAUAUCUGAGGAGGACGUGGUGGGAGAAUGGAAGCUGAGAGGACAAGUGCUGAUCAGAUCCCCGACGUGCGACAUUAAAAGUGACGGCAGGAAACGAUUCCUGACGCUGAAGAACGUCCAGCUGGACCAGGCGGGCGAGGUGUCCUACCAGGCUCUGAACGCCGCCACCAGCGCCAUGCUAACUGUCAAAGAGGGCGACGCAGUCUUCGUGGUGAAGCUGCAGGAUUACACGGCCACGGAGAAAGACGAGGUGUCUCUGGACUGUGAACUGAGCAAAGACGUCCCGGUCAUGUGGUUUCACGAGGAGAAGGAGAUCAUCACCUCCAAGAUGGUGGUGAUGAGGUCAGAGGGAACUCGCAGGUCUCUGGUCCUGAAGAAGGUGGAGUCGAGCAGCAGAGGGAAAUACGUAUGUGACUGUGGAACCGACAAAACCUCGGCGAACAUCAGCAUCGAAGCUCGUGACAUCAAGGUGGUGCGGCCGGUCUACGGCGUGGAGCUGUUCGACGGAGAGACGGCUCGUUUCGAGGUGGAGAUCUCCGAGGACGACGUGCACGGCCAGUGGAAACUGAACGGAGAAGUCCUCAGUCCUUCCUCUGACAUCGACAUCAUCGAGGAGGGAGGCAAACACACUCUGAUCCUGUACAACUGCAGAGUGUCCAUGACCGGAGAGGUGGCCUACGCUGCCGCCAACGCCAAGUGUUCAGCCAACCUGAAGGUCAAAGAACUCCCUCUGAACUUCCUGACGUCGCUGAACGACGUCCAGGUGUAUGAGAAGGACGAGGCCAGGUUCGAGAUCGAGGUGUCUCGGGUGGCGAAGAGCUUCCGCUGGCUGAAAGGCUCGCAGGAGCUGCAGAGCGACGACAAGUACCAGAUUACUCAGGAGGGAAACAUGUACGUGCUGGUGAUCCAAUCGGCCGCCUACGACGACGAGGCCAAGUACAUGUUCGAGGCCGAGGACAAGAGGACGACAGCCAAGCUGGUCAUUCAGGGAAUUCGUCUGGAGUUUGUCAAGCCGAUCAAGGACGUGACGGUGAAGGAGCGAGAAACGGCUGAAUUCAGUUUCGAGCUCUCUCAUGAAAAAAUCUCUGUAGUUUGGUACAAAAACGACGUCCGUCUCCUUCCCAGCAAAGUGGUGCACAUGUCCGAUCAGGGAAAGACCCACACGCUGGCCUUCAAGGAGGUCACCAUCGACGACACGUCCAUGAUCAAAGUGGAGGCCAUGGACAAGACCAUGACCGCCAUGCUCACUGUCAUCGAGGGCGACCUCUACUUCACCACCAAGCUGCAGAACUACACGGCCGUGGAGAAGGAUGAGGUGAAGUUGGUCUGUGAACUGAGCAAAGCAGUCGCAGACGUCAAAUGGUUCAAGGACGGACAGGAGAUGACUCCGUCCAAAAACAUUGCAAUCAGCAGCGACGGAAAGAGACGCAUCCUGAUGGUCCGGAAGGCGGAGAAAGCAAACACGGGAUCGUACACCUGCGACUGCGGCUCCGAUAAAACAACAGCAAUCCUCAACAUUGAAGAGCGCGACAUCAAGGUGGUACGUCCGCUGUACAGCGUGGAGGUCACAGAGACAGAAACAGCCAAGUUUGAGACAGAGAUUUCAGAGGAGGACGUCCACGGGAACUGGAAACUGAAAGGAGAACCUCUGCACCAGUCGCCUGACGUUGAGAUGAAAGAGGAGGGAACCAAACACAUGUUGAUCCUGUACAACGUGCGUAUGGACAUGGCAGGGGGCGUCGACUUCUGUGCAGCCAACGCCAAAUCCAACGCUCAGCUCCGAGUCAAGGCUCGCUCCAUCGGUCUCACGCGUCCUCUGCAGGACGUGACGGUGACGGCCGGAGAGACGGCGACCUUCGAGUGCGAGCUGUCUUACGAAGGCAUCGAGCUGCAGUGGUUCCUGGGAGGAAAGAAGAUGGAGGCCAGCGACCGGGUGAAGACCCGGGUGGCCGGUCGAGUUCACGCUCUGACCCUCAGAGACGUGACGCUGGCGGAGGCGGGCGAGGUCAAACUCACCGCCAAAGACUUCCAGACUCAGGCUCAGCUCAUCGUCAGGGAGCCGGCAGUGGAGUUUACAAAGCCUCUGGUGGACCAGACGGUGGAGGAGGAGGCGACCACCACGCUGGAGUGUGAAGUUUCCAGAGAGAACGCAGAAGUUCAAUGGUUCAGAGAAGGACAAGAGAUCCGGAAGACCAAGAAGUUCGACCUGAUCGCUGACGGCCGCAAGAGGGCGCUGGUGAUCCGCAGCUGCGCUCCGGACGACGCCAAGAUGUACACAUGUGACACCAAGGAGUUCAAGACUUCCUGUUUCCUGGAGGUCACACCUCCGCAUGUGGAGUUCACGAAGCCUCUGCAGGACGUGGAGGUCAAAGAGAAGGAAUCUGCUAAGUUUGAAUGUGAAGUGUCCCGCGAGUCCGCCAAGGUUCGAUGGUUCAAGGACGGCAGCGAGAUCAGGAAAGGAAAGAAGUACGAGAUGAUUUCUAAGGGGGUCCAGAGGAUCCUCAUCGUCCACAAGUCGGUGUUCGACGAUGAGGCCGAGUACGAGUGCGACGCCAGAACCUCCAAGACGUCCGGCUUGCUCACCGUCACCGAGGAGGCCGCCAGAUUCACCAAGAACCUGUCCAACGUGGAGGGAACAGAGACGGACAGCGUGAAGAUGAUCUGUGAGGUGUCAAAGGCAGGUGCCGAGGUCACAUGGUACCUAGGAGACAAGGAGCUGCCAGAGGGAGGACGCUACGAGCAGAUCAUGGACGGACGCAAGAGGAUCCUGAUCAUCCAGGAUCUGAGGAUGGAAGACGCCGGCGAGUACAACUGCAGACUGAGUCCGACCGUCAAGACGUCCGCCGCGCUCAAACUGCACGAACUGGCAGCUGAGUUCAUCGCUCGGCCUCAGAACCAGGAAGUGGUGGAGGGUGAGAAAGUCGAGUUCGCCUGCUCCGUUUCUAAGGAAAGUCACGAGGUGAAAUGGUUUAGAGGCGAUAAAGAGCUGGAGUCCGGGGACAAGUACAAUAUUAUCAGCGAAGGAAAGAGAAGGGCUCUUAUUGUGAAAGACUGCAAGCUGAAGGAUGAGGGCGGCUACGUCGCUCUGAUCGGCAGCGUCAGAGCGUCAGCUGAUCUGUGUGUGAUCGAAAAACUGAGGAUCAUCACGCCGAUCAAAGACACGGAGGUGAAGGAGGGAAGCGAGAUCGUGUUCAACUGUGAGACGAACACCGAGGGAGCAAAGGCCAAGUGGCUGAAGAACGAGGAGACCAUAUUCGAGAGCAGCAAGUACAUGAUGGCUCAGAGGGACAACGUCUUGUCUCUGAGGAUCCGAGAUGCUCAGAAGAGCGAUGAGGCCAUUUACACCAUCAGCCUGGCCAAUCACAGAGGAGAGCAGGCCAAGUCCAGCGCCAGUGCCAAGGUCGCAGAGGAGAAGCUGAAGUUCCUGGAGCCAAUCGAGGACAUCGAGACCCAGGAGAAGAAGACCAUCAGCUUCAACUGUAAGGUGAACCGGCCUGAGGUGACCGUGAGGUGGAUGAAGGCCGGCGUGGAGCUGACGCUCAGCAAACGCAUCGUCUACAGAGCUGACGGCCUAAAACACACAGUGACCAUCAAGGACUGCGUCAUGGAAGAUGAGGGCGAGUACACGGCUGUGAUCGGAGACGUUAAGUGUGCGGCCGAGCUGAUCAUCAGCGAGGCUCCGACCGACUUCACCACGCAGCUCAAAGACCAGACCAUCACCGAGUUCGAGGACGCAGAGUUCAUCUGCAAGCUGAGUAAAGAGAAGGCUGCGGUCAAGUGGUACAGGAAUGGACGCGAGAUCCGAGAAGGACCCAGAUAUCACAUGGAGAAAGAAGGAAACGUGUGCAGACUGAUCAUCAAGGUGUGCAGACCCGAUGAUGAAUGUGAAUAUGCUUGUGGAUUAGACGAGAGAAGAAGCAGAGCCAGACUCUUUGUUGAAGAGACGCCGGUGGAGAUCGUCCGACCGCCACAGGACGUGUUCGAACCCCCCGGCUCGGACAUCGUGUUCGAGGUGGAGCUGAACAAGGACCGAGUGGAAGUGAAGUGGUUGAGGAACAACAUGAUCAUCGUCCAGGGGGACAAGUACCAGAUGAUCAGCGAGGGUAAAGUCCACAGACUGCAGGUGUGUGAGAUCAGACCUCGAGACCAGGGCGAGUACAGAAUCGUGGCCAAAGACAAAGAUGCAAAGGCCAAGCUGGAGCUGGCAGCUCUUCCCAAGAUCAAAACCACCGACCAGAAUCUGGUGACGGAUGCCGGUAAACCCUUCGUCAUGAGUGUGCCCUACGAUGCUUACCCACGUGCCGAUGCUGAGUGGUUCUUCGAGGGCUCGAGUCUGCCCGUCCAGAACAUCGACACGUCCGCUGACAAGACCGAGUUCCGUUUGAAGAGCCCCAUCAAGGGGGACCAGGGCCGCUACAGAGUGCUCAUCAAAAACAAGCACGGCGAGGGCGAAGCCAUCAUCAACCUGGACGUGAUCGAUGUCCCCGGACCUGUGAACAACUUGAGAGUGGUCGACACUGCUAAUGGAGAGGUCAGUUUGGCGUGGGAGGAGCCUAAGAGCGAUGGUGGAAGCAAGAUCGUUGCUUACGUCGUGGAAAGACGAGACGUGAAGCGUAAGACCUGGACACUGGCAACAGAUCGUGCUGAUGCUCUGGAGUACUGCGUCAGUGGCCUCCAGAAAGAAGCACUGUACCUGUUCAGAGUCUGCGCAAGAAACAGAGUCGGGAGUGGACCCGCUGUCGCCACCGAGGACGCCGUUCAGGCCAAGAACAAGUUCGACGUUCCUGACGCUCCAGAGAAUGUCACCGUCGCCAGCGUGAACAAGUUCGGUGCCACCGUCACCUGGGAGCCUCCCAAGUUUGAUGGUGGCUCUGAGAUCACGGCCUAUGUGAUCGAGCUGCGCGACAGGACCUCUGUCAAGUGGGAGGCGGCCCUGGUCUGCAGCGCCGCCGACCAUUCAGCUGCACUAAAUGACGUCGUGGAGAACAAAGAGUACAUCUUCAGAGUCCGCGCAGAGAACAAGGCCGGCAUCGGCCGACCCAGCGCCGCCACAAAGCCCGUGAAGAUCAUGGAUCCCAUCGAGAGGCCGAGCCCGCCACAGAACCUGAACUACAGCGACCAAAUCAGUUCAGCCCUCAGUCUGACCUGGGAGACGCCCGCCAGCAGCGGCGGCAGCAUCAUCACCGGCUACAUCAUCGAGAAAUGUGACGAAGGCAGUGAUAAGUGGCUUCGCUGCAACGCCAGACUGUGUCCGGAUCUUUCCUACCGGGUUUCUGGUUUGAAACCGGGUCAGAAGUAUUUCUACAGAGUCUGUGCCGAGAAUGCUGCCGGCCUCUCCGAUCCAGCCCAGCAGGUCGGGCCGCUGCUCGCUGACAACCCUCAUGUCGGUCCGGCCUUUGACCUCAGCGCCUUCAGGAACGGCCUGGAGGUCAUCGUCCCUCAGCCUCUCACCAUCAGAGUCCCCAUCAGCGGGUACCCGACCCCCGUGGCCAAGUGGACGUUCGGAGAGAAGGAGCUGAGCACGGCGGACGAGCGCGUCUCCAUGGUAACGAAGCCCACGUUCACGGAGCUGACGGUGACGCCGAGCGUCCGACCGGACAAAGGCAGCUACGCUCUGCAGCUGGAGAACGACGUGGCGUCUGUGUCCGGAGACAUCGAAGUCAACGUCAUCGCAUGCCCCAGUGCUCCUAAGGACUUCAAGGUGGCUGAGGUGACACGUCACCACGUCCACCUGAUGUGGGAGGCGCCGGAGCAUGACGGAGGAAGUCCUGUGACCCACUAUCAGAUCGAGAAGAGAGAAGUGUCCCGCAAGACCUGGGCCAAGGUGGCGACUGGCAUCCUGGACCUGGAGCACACGGUGACAGACGUGAUUGAAGGGAAGGAGUAUCUGUUCAGUGUCAUCGCCUGUAACAAGUGCGGCGCCGGUGAACCGGCGUACAUCGACGAGCCCGUUAACGCCUCCUCUCCUGCCACUGUUCCUGAUCCUCCUGAGAACCUGAAGUGGCGUGACAAGAGCAGCAAGAGCAUCUUCCUGUUCUGGGAGCCGCCGAAGUACGAUGGCGGCGCCCACAUCAAGGGUUAUGUUGUUGACAAGUGUCAGCGUGGAACCGAUAAGUGGGAACCCUGCGGUGACCCCAUCCCUGAGCUCAAGUUCCAGGUCAGCGGUCUGAUUGAGGGUCAUUGGUACGCCUACAGAGUGCGAGCGUUCAACAAACUUGGCGCCAGUCGUCCCUGCAGAGCGACCGAUGAGAUCCAGGCUGUGGACGCUCGAGAACCCCCAGAGAUCCAGCUGGACGUGAAGUUGCUCGCUGGUUUGACCACGAGAGCCGGGACCAAGAUCGAGCUUCCCGCUGAUGUCAAAGGAAAACCUGAUCCCCGCGUGAAGUGGACCAAGGCCGACCAUGUCCUGAGAGCCGACAACCGCAUCGCCAUCGACACGCAGCCAGGACACUCCAAACUGUCCAUCGCCGACACGACAAGAGGAGACACCGCCACCUACAUCAUCGAGGCUGUCAACACGUGUGGACGCGCCACCGCCACCAUUGACGUCAACAUCCUUGAUAAACCUGGACCUCCUGCGGCCUUCGAUAUCUCUGAGAUCACCAACGAGUCGUGCCUCAUGGCCUGGAACCCCCCCAGAGAUGACGGUGGCUCGGCCAUCACCAACUACAUCGUGGAGAGUCGUCAGACAGACAAAGAGGAAUGGGUGAAGCUGUCGGCCACCAUCAAACACACCACGUUCAAAGCCUGCAAGCUCACAGCCAUGAAGGAGUACAUCUUCAGGGUCAGCGCUGAGAACCAGUAUGGAAUCGGUGCUCCUGCUGAGCAUGUGCCAAUCAUUGCAAAGUAUUCCUUCGAUCCUCCUGGAUCCCCAACCAGAGUCACACCCUCUGACAUCGCUAAGGACGCCGUGACUCUGACCUGGUUUGAGCCUGAUGAGGAUGGCGGCAGUCCCAUCACCGGAUACUGGAUCGAGAAGUUCGAUCCUGAGAGCGACAAGUGGAUCAGAUGCAACAAGCUGCCCAUCAAAGACUCGACCUUCAGGGUGAAGGGACUCCCCACCAAGAAGAAGUACCGCUUCCGUGUUCUGGCUGAGAAUCUGGCUGGACCUGGGAAUCCCAGUGCGGAGACCGACCCUGUCCUCAUCAAAGAUCCCAUCGAUCCACCAUGGGCUCCUGGUAAACCUGUCAUUAGGGACAUCGCCAAGACCUCGGCCCUGCUGGCCUGGACCCGGCCGGAGCAUGAUGGUGGAGCCAAGAUUGAAGGCUAUAUCAUCGAGUUCCAGAAGACUGGAAGUGAGGAAUGGAUCCGAAUUGCAGAGGACAUUCCUCAGACCGAGCACCAGCUGCAGGGUCUGAUGGAGAAGCAGGAGUACUCCUUCAGAGUAAAGGCUGUCAACAAAGCCGGCGAGAGCGAACCAAGCGAGGCCAGCGACCCGGUGGUCUGCAAGGAGAGACUCUAUCCUCCCUCAGCUCCUCAGUGGCUGGAGGUGACUAACGUCACCAAGAUCAACGCCGCCCUGAAGUGGCAGGCUCCCAGCAGUGACGGAGGCUCACCCAUCACCAACUAUGUGGUAGAGAAGAGGGACGUGAGGCGGAAGGCUUGGCAGGCGGUGGACACCACAGUCAAGGAGCUGAAGUACACCGUGAGCCCUCUCAACGAAGGAUCACUGUACGUGUUCCGCGUCGCGGCUGAGAAUGCCAUCGGGACAAGUGAAUUCUGUGAGCUGGAGGACGCCGUGCUCGCCAAAGACACGUUCACCACUCCUGGACCUCCAUACGCUCUGACGGUGGUGGAGGUCACCAAGAGACACGUGGAGCUGAAAUGGGAAGCUCCAAAGAGCAACGGUGGACGACCUAUAACCAAGUACGUGAUUGAGAAGAAAGAGAAGUUGGGAACUCGUUGGUUGAAAUCCUGCAAGACUCCAGACAAACAGACUCAGUUCAAGAUGACGGAUGUAGACGAAGGGUCGGAGGUUCAGUUCCAGGUCAGAGCAGAGAACGAGGCCGGAGUCGGAGAUCCGAGCGAACCCACCGAAGUUCUCACCAUCGAAGAUGCAACCAGUGCCCCGUCUCCUCCUCUUGAAGUCGCUGUCCCUGACGCCAGCAGGGAGCACAUCAACGUCACCUGGAAGCCUCCUACCAAAGAUGGCGGAUGCCCGAUUACUGGCUACCACGUGGAGGUGGCGGAGGCUCGUCCGGAGCUGAAGUGGCUCCGAGUCAACAACAGACCAAUCAAAGAGCUCAAGUUCAGGAUUGACGAUGGAAUCAAACCCGAGAAGAAGUACGUCAUCAGAGUUCGUGCCAUCAACUCUAUUGGUACUAGUGAUCCAUCUGAGAUCUCCGACAAGGUCUCUACCAAAGAUCCAGACUGUGCUCCAACUCUGGAUUUAGAGGCUCAGGACGUGGUUGUGGUUGAGGGUGAGAAGCUGCACCUGAACAUCCCCUACAGGGCGAUCCCAACCCCCAAGAUGACGUGGCAGAAGGACACGGUGGAGUGUAAGGCCGACGACCGUCUCUCCAUGACAGUCGAGAUGAACAGCGCUCACCUGGAGCUGCUCAAGUGCACGCGUGCUGAUGCCGCUGCUUAUGCCAUCACGCUAGAGAACAGCCUUGGAACUGCAACCGGAACCGCCAAUGUCAAAGUCAUCGGACUCCCCGGAAAGUGUAAAGACAUCACGUCCAGCGACGCCACUAAGAACUCCUGCAAGAUCAGCUGGGAAGCCCCAGAGGACGAUGGCGGCACGCCCGUCAUCAGCUACAGCCUGGAGCGCCGUGAGGCCUCCAAGAAGACCUACAUGCCUGUGACGUCAGGAGAGAACGUCCUGACGUGCUCAGUCAAAGACCUGUUCAUCAACUGUGAGUACUACUUCAGAGUGAAGGCGGUCAACAAGGUCGGAGCUGGAGAAUAUCUGGAGCUACGCAACCCAGUCAUCACCGAGGAAAUCAAACAGAAACCAGAUCCGCCAAUCCAGGUGGAGGCUCAUGACCCGACGUCCAAGUCCAUCACCGUCACGUGGAAGGCACCGGACUCGGACGGCGGCUGUCCCAUCCAGGGCUACAUCGUGGAGAAGAUGGAGAAGGAUGGCGAGCGCUUCGAGAGAGUCAGCCCGAGCCUGGUCCCCGGUCUGAAGUUCGUGGUGAAAGACCUGACGGAGGAUAUGGAGUAUCAGUUCAGGGUCCGAGCCGAGAACGCCGCUGGAGUCAGCGAGCCGUCACGCAGCUCGCAGCUCGCCAAGGCCGCAGAUCCCAUCGAAAAACCCAAGGUCACCCUCCACGCCCGUGUACAGUCGGGUUUGUGCAUCAAGAAGAACGAGGAGAUCCGUAUCGACGCCUUCAUCUCCGGUUCCCCGUAUCCUAAAGUCACCUGGUUGAGGAACGACGAGGACGUCACCAAAGAGCCAACCAAAAAGAUCGUUCCUGUGGUGAAGAAGAAGAAGAAGACCAAGGGCAAGGUCCCAGAACCAGAGCAGGUGUUUGUGUCUCCGCUGCGGGAGCGUCUGGGUCUGGAUCAGACCCAGAAGGGUCAGACCGCCCUGAUGAUCCGUGAGGCCACCAGAGUCGACCACGGAACCUUCACCAUCAAGGUGGAGAACACUCAUGGUGUCGCCACGGCAACCUGCAUCGUCAACGUCCUCGACAAACCCGGCGCUCCGAUAAACUUCACCUUCGAUGACAUCAGAAACACGUCAGUGAUCUGUAACUGGGAGGAGCCUGAAGAUGACGGUGGUAGCGAGAUCCUGAACUACUUCCUGGAGAAGAAGGACAACAGGAACGAUCAGAGCGACUGGAUCACCGUCACCUCCACGCUGAAGGGAACCAGCUUUCCCAUCACCAAACUCAUCGAAGGAAAGGAGUACAUCUUCAGAGUCAGUGCUGAGAACAAGUUCGGCUGCGGGCCGCCGUGCAUCUCCGAACCGCUGGUCGCCAAGAACCAGUUCGACGCUCCCGACGCUCCCAACACACCACGAGUCCACGAGGUCAGGGCAAGCUCCGCCCACAUAUCCUGGCACGAGCCGAAGGACAAUGGCAGCCCAAUCCUGGGCUACUGGAUCGAGAGGAAGGAGGUGAACAGCAAACACUGGACCCGAGUGAACCGCGCCCUCCUCAACUCCCUGGAGGUGAAGAUCAGCGGCCUGAUGGAGGGACUCACCUACAUCUUCAGAGUGUGUGCCGAGAACCUGGCCGGCCCCGGGGCCUUCAGUGAGCCCACAGAACGAACCCUCACCAUGGACGCCAUCCUGCCUCCUGGUCCCCCCACGCCCUGGAUCGUAGACACUGGGAAGAAUUCCGUCAUGGUGGCGUGGAAGCCACCGCUGUACAACGGCGGAGGAGACAUCCUAGGGUACCACUUGGAAAAGGUUUUGGCGGGAGAGAAGGAUUGGAGUCGCAGCACAGAGUUCAGGUGUAAGGAGCUGAAGUACACUGUGACCGGCCUGACCGAGGGAGCGGAUUAUUACAUCCGAGUCAUCGCCAUCAACGACGCUGGUCCCGGAGCUCCCGGCGUUACCGAACCUGUCACCGUCAUUGAGCCUCAAGUUCCUCCCGUUGUCGACUUUGAUGACUCUGUGAAGAACGGCGUCUUCAUCAAGGCGGGCGAGUCUCUGAGGCUUCCGGCUGUGGUGACUGGUCGACCCCAGCCAGACGUCAAGUGGGCCAAGGACGAGGGCGAAAUUGACAAAGGGAGGAUGACUGUGGAGACGGAGGGAAAGAACAGCACUUUGUUCAUCAAGAAGACCGUCAGGGCCGAUCACGGAAAGUACCAGGUCUCUGGAACCAACAGCAGUGGAACCAAGACGGCUGAGACCAGAGUAGAGGUCAUGGAUGUUCCUGGACCUGUGGUCGACCUGAAGGCGGUAACUGUAACCAAAAAGAACAUCACCCUCACCUGGUCCGACCCCUUGGACAACGGUGGCAGCGACAUUGUCGGCUAUGAGGUGCUGAGGAAAGAUGCCAAGAUGAAACUCUACCGCCAACCCAUUGAGAUAGCUUCCUGUAAGUGUGACAUCCAGGGCCUGCUGGCCGGUGAGGAAUAUGACUUCAGGGUCAUCGCCAGGAACAAGUAUGGUGAUGGAGCCCCUGCUGACCUGGGACCAAUACUGGCCGAGGAUGCUAAAGGAACUCCGUCUGCCCCAGAGAAGCUGCACUACACCGACAGAAGCAAGAGCACCAUUACUCUGGCCUGGGAGCCACCUCGCACUGACGGCGGCAGCCCCAUCGCAGGCUACUAUGUGGAGAAGAUGAGGUCCGAUGGAACAGAGUUUGAAGUGGCCAACCGCAAGAUCUUCACAGAGUGCUGCGGAACCCUUGAGAACCUGUCAGAGAACCAGGAUUACCAGUUCCGCGUCAAAGCCGUGAAUGAGGUUGGGGACGGAGAUCCUUCCAAACCAAUCGCUGUGAGGAUCCAGGAUGAUGAAAUUGCUCCUGUGAUUACGAUCCUGAAGUUCUUCAAGAGGAACUCAAUCAUCGUGAAGAAAGGUUCCGCCAUCGAUAUCCCAGCUGAGGUGAAGGGACUUCCUCUUCCGACCUUCCACUGGAUGAAGGAGGACGUGGUGAUUGAGAAGCCGGAAGGCGAGAAGAUGACAAUAGAAACUGAGGAGGUCAACAGAACAACUCUUACAACAAAGAUUGCCAUCCCAGAAACCCUCAGGCAGGAUAAGGGCAACUACAAGCUGGUGGCUGAGAACUGCUUCGGCAAAGCUCAGCAAGUCAUCAGAGUCGAGAUCCUUGACCGACCUCUUCCUCCAAAGAACAUCGUGGUCUCGGACAUCAAGGCGGACUCGUGCUACCUGACCUGGGACGCCCCCGAGGACAACGGUGGCAGCGAGAUCACAAACUACAUCUUGGAGAGCAGAGACGCCAGCAAGAAGAAGUCUGACUACGAUGUUCUCACCAUCCACCUGGUUGACAGGAGAUACGGGGUUCACAAGCUGGACCUGAACGGGGCCUACCAGUUCAGGAUCAAGGCGGAGAACAAGUAUGGCGUCAGUGACGGCUGCGAAUCAGAGAAAGUGCAGCUGAGGGAUCCCUUCGGCCUGCCGGGCCCGCCACGUAACCCCAAGAUCAUCGCCGCCACAGCGACCACCAUGACUGUGGCAUGGGACCCUCCUCUGGACAACGGUGGCUCGACCAUCCAGGGCUACUGGCUGGAGAAGAGGGAGCGCGGCGCCGUGUACUGGGGUCGUGUCAACCGCGCUCCUGUCACCAAACCGGCAGUGAAGGGUCUCCAGUACACUGUGCUCCGACUCAUCGAAGGAACCGAGUACAUGUUCAAGAUCGCAGCCUGCAACGCAGCCGGAGUCGGCCCCCCCAGCGAGGCCACGGAGUGCCGCUUCACCGUGGAUCCGUGCAACCCUCCCGGCUCACCUGGAACCCCCGAGGUUAAAGACAAGACCAAGAGCAGCAUCACUCUCAGCUGGUCUCCGCCAGACAAAGAUGGUGGCAGCCCCAUCAAGGGUUACAUCAUCGAGGUCCACGAGGAGGGCUCUCCUGAUUGGAGGAGGGUGAACCCCACAGACAAGCUGCACCCGUCCACCGAGAUCACCGUGCCCGACCUGAAGGAGGGCAAAAAGUGCAAGUUCAGGAUUUAUGCUGUGAACUCUGCCGGCAACUCCGAGCCUGCGAGGUUGGCCGACAUCCUGGUUCAGGAGAUUCUGAUCGAGCCGACUGUGUCUCUGGAUCUGAGCGCUCACGACCUGAUGAACUGCAGAGCAGGAACAACCAUCAAGAUUCCUGCCACCAUCUCCGGACGGCCCGUUCCCAAAGUCACCUGGACCUUCGAUGGAACCGCAGAGACUGAGAAGAAGAACGACAUACACACGCUACCCGUGGACUCAGAGAUCUACUCCACCGACACAACCUCGGUGAUUAUCAUCCCAGAGAUCAAACUGAAUCACAGUGGCCGAUUCAUUAUCAACGCUGAGAGUGCGGCUGGUCACAAGGUGGUGAAGGUCAGAGUCAACGUGCUCGACCUGCCCGGACCUCCCAGAGAGCUGAAGGUGAGCGACGUGACGAGAGGAACCUGCCGACUCACCUGGAAAGCUCCUGAGUGUGAUGGAGGAGACAGAGUGAAGAGCUACUUCAUCGAGAAGAAGACGGUGACGGGCAAAGCCUGGACCAAGGUGAACCCAGCCUGUGCUGCUCAGUCUCUGGUGGUUCCAGACCUGGUGGACGGGCAGGACUACCUGUUCCGCAUCCGAGCUGAGAACCGCUUCGGCUUCAGUCCAUUCGUCGAGACCCUUGAGAUAACCAAAGCCCGAGAUCCCAUCCAUCCACCUGAUCCUCCAACCAGGCUGAAGAUCCAGAACGUGAGGAAGGGCACAGUGACUCUGACCUGGAAGGCUCCGAAGAAUGACGGCGGUUUACCUGUGACCCACUACAGCGUGGAUCUCCUCUGCUGGGAGGCCAGUCGCGCCGAGAAGGAGUCGUGGAGGAGGUGUAACAGGAGAGACGUGGACACCACCACCUUCAAGGUGGAGGAUCUGACAGAAGGAGACGAGUAUGAGUUCAGAGUGUUGGCGCACAAUGAGGCUGGAGCGAGUCGACCCUCGUCCACCGUAGGACCCAUCGUCAUCCAGGACCAGACCUGCGCUCCGUCCAUCGAGCUGAAGGAGUUCAUGGAGAGCGAGCAGGGCAGCGACAUCAGCAUCGUGGCAAAGAUCCACGGCUGUCCGUUCCCCACACUCACCUGGUACAAAUCUCCCCCCCACAAGUCCGACGCCAAGGUGGAGGUUCAGUACGACGAGCACAUCAACAAAAUUGUGUCAGACGAAAGCUGCACGCUGCUCAUCCAGCAGGGCAAGCGCCCCGACACCGGCCUGUACACGCUGGUGGCGUCCAACAGCCUCGGCAAGGCGUCCAAGGAAAUGAGGCUCAACGUGCUCGGUCGACCAGGUCCUCCCUCUGCUCCCAUUAAGUUUGAGGAGAUCGGAGCAGAGAGGAUCACGCUCUCCUGGCUGCCGCCAAAGGACGAUGGAGGCUCCAAGGUCACAAACUAUGUCAUCUGGAAGCGGGUGGCGUGCAGGACCAACUGGGUGCCUGUCACCAGCGAACCCAAAGACCGGAUCUGGACGGUGGAGAGCCUGAUGGAGGGACACGAAUACGUGUUCCGGAUCAUGGCCCAAAACAAAUAUGGCGUCGGAGAGCCACUGGACAGUGAGCCUGAGGUCGCCCGGAACCUCUACACCGCCCCUGGUCAGUGUGAGAAGCCCACGGUCACCAGCGUCACCAUGGACUCCAUGACGGUGAACUGGGAGGAGCCAGAGGACGACGGUGGCACCCCCAUCAUUGGCUACUGGCUGGAGCGUAAAGAGACCACAGGCAAACGCUGGACUCGCGUUACCCGCGACCCCAUCCGUCCCAUGAGCCUGGGCGAGUCCUUCGUGGUGAGCGGACUUAUCGAGGGUUCCCAGUACCUGUUUAGAGUCUCUGCCAUCAAUGCUGCUGGACCGGGACUCACCAGCCCCCCCACAGACCCCAUCUUUGCCAGAGACCCCAUCUCUCCGCCCUCUUCUCCAACCCCCAAGGUUUCUGAUUGGACGAGGUGCACAGUGGACCUCAACUGGAUCCCUCCCUUGAAGGACGGAGGCUCGAAGAUCCUUGGCUACUGGGUGGAGUACAAGGAGGAGGGCACAGAGGCCUGGGUAAAGGCAAAGGAAACAGAAAUUCGUGGCACUCGUUUGGUGAUCACCGGUCUGAAGACUGGCGGUCAGUACCGCUUCAGGGUAACUGCCUUCAAUGCUGCCGGUAAUGGCGAGCCAGGUGAAGUCCCGGAGGUGCUCGAGGUCAACGACAGAACCAUUGCUCCAGAAGUCGACCUGGAUGCUUCGGUCAAGGAGAGGAUGGUGGUCCACGCCGGCGGUGUGAUCCGCAUCAUCGCCUACGUGUCUGGCCAGCCGUCCCCAGACGUCACCUGGAGUAGAGAUGGAGCUGCGCUGCCCCCUGAGGCUAUAGUGGAGACGACAGCCAUCAGCUCAUCUCUGGUCAUCAAACCCUGCACCAGGAGACACUUGGGUGUUUAUACACUGAUUGCCAAGAACUCAGGAGGCGAGAAGACAAAGAAUAUCACUGUGGAAGUUCUGGACGUCCCUGGACCGGUUGGCAUCCCCUUCACUGCGGAGAACCUGAGCACCGAUUCCUGCAAGCUCAACUGGUUCUUCCCCGAGAACGAUGGUGGCUCCCCCAUCAGUAACUACAUCAUUGAGAAGCGUGAGUCUGAGCGUAAGGCCUGGACCUCGCUCUCCUACACCGCCAGCCGACAGAAUGCCGUGGCUCAUAACCUCAUCCAGGGAAAGGCCUACUUCUUCAGAGUGGCUGCGGAGAACGCCAUCGGCAUUGGACGCUUCGUGGAGACUGCAGCUGAGGUUGUGGUCAAGGAACCCAUGAGUGUGCCUGAACGCCCUGAGGAGCUGGAGGUCACCAAGGUGACCAAGGACUUGAUCAGCCUCACCUGGAAGGCACCCAAGUCUGACGGCGGCUCAGAGAUCACCAUGUACAUCCUGGAGGCCCGUAUGAUUGGCAAAGACAAGUUCACCAGACUGACGAAGGAGAAGUUGAUGGAGAGAAAAUACAGCUUUGACGGCCUGAGGGAGGGCGAUACCUACGAGUUCAGGGUCAUCGCCGUCAAUGAGGUCGGACCCAGUAAACCAUCUUUCGGCACAAAACCAAUCACGUGCAAGGACGAACUCGAGCCACCGACCAUCGAGCUGGAUUUCCGUGAUAAGAUCAUUAUCCGUGUAGGAGAGAGUUGCCUGCUGCAGGGACGCUACACCGGCAAACCAUCUCCGUCCAUCAUCUGGUAUCGUGAAGACAAGGAGCUUAAGGCCGACCAACACAUCAUGUUUAAGAACACGCUAACCACCAUGUCACUGGGCCUGAUGAAGGCCCGGCGUGAGCACAGUGGCAGAUACAUGGUGGUGGUGGAGAACAGCACUGGAUCCAGGAAGGGAGUCUGCAACAUCACAGUUGUUGACCGUCCUACCCCUCCUGUUGGCCCUGUGGUGUUCGAGGAGGUGCACAGGGAGUACAUGGUCGUCUCCUGGAAGCCUCCUCUGGAUAGUGGUGGUGUGGACGUCUCCAAUUACAUCAUCGAGAAGAGAGACGUCAACCGAGAUGCCUGGACCACGGUGACAUCCGCCACGACCAAGACCGUUUGCAAGAUCCCGAAGCUGACGGAGGGCAAGGAGUACAUCAUGAGAAUCUCUGCUGAAAACCUGUAUGGCAUCAGUGACCCACUUGAGUCUGAGGAGAUGAGAGCCAAAGACCUCUUCAGAGUCCCUGAGGCCCCUGAGAUGCCCACAGUUCGGGAGGUGUAUGCCACCAAUGCUCUUGUGCUGUGGAACCGCCCUCGUGACGGAGGUAAGCCCAUAAUCAACUACAUCCUGGAAAAGAAGGAGCCAGCAGCCAAGAGGUGGUCCAGAGCCACGAGAGACCCGCUGUACCCUGCCACUCAAUACCGAGUCCAGGACCUAGUGGAGGGCUGCGAGUACGAGUUCAGGGUGAUGGCUGAGAACGAGCUGGGAACUGGAGACCCCAGCGUCCCCUCCAAGCCCAUCCUCGCCAAAGAUCCUAUUGUGUGCCCUAGUCCUCCAGUGACCCCCGAGGCCUAUGAUAAGACAAAGGACUCCGUCAGCCUGAAGUGGCAGAUGCCCCGCCAUGAUGGCAAGGGCAGGAUAUUCGGCUACAUAGUUGAGUACCAGAAGCCGGGCAACGUAGAGUGGAUUCAGGCCAAUGAGACCCCAGAGCAGUGCCCCGACCUCCACUAUGUGGCAACGGGUUUAAGUGAUGGACAAGAAUAUUCUUUCAGGAUCUUCACUGUCAAUGCUGCCGGCAGAUCUGACCCUGCCUACGUCAAACAGCCCAUCAAAGUCCAUGACAGACUGGAGGAGCCUGAGUUGCUGUUGGAUGCUAACAUGGCACGUGACCAUCUGGCAAUGCUAGGCACAGACAUCACCCUAAGCGCCACCAUUAAGGGUGUACCGACACCCACAGUUAGCUGGAAGAAGGACGAUGGAGAUGUUCCUUCUCACAUCACUGUCGCUGUCACCGCCACUGGCAGCAAGGUCUUCAUUCCCAAAUGUGUCCGCCCAGACUCUGGGAACUACACCAUCACCGUAGAGAAUGCCGCUGGGAAGAAAUCAGCAACUGUUGCUGUGCUGGUGUUGAAUAAACCUUCUCCUCCCAGAGACCUGGUGAUCUCUGAGGUGACUAGCGAGACUGCCUACCUGACAUGGAAGGCUCCUGAGGACAAUGGUGGUGCUGUCAUCUCCCACUAUGUAGUACAGAAGAAGGACGUGGCAGCAGAGCAGUGGGUUCCUGUCUCAGCAGGCAAUAAGAAGCUGAGUCUGAUGGCCUUGUACCUGAUGGAAGGAACUCAGUACAUGUUCAGGGUGGCUGCUGAGAACCAGUUUGGCAAAAGCGACUAUUUGGUAACCAAGCAGCCCAUUAAGGCUGUCGAUCCACUGUAUCCUCCUGGUCCUCCCAAGAACCUGCACCACACUGAUGCAGACAAGACAGAGGUGUGGUUGGAAUGGGAGUGGCCUGACCGCACUGGUGGAAGUGAAAUCACCGGCUUCAUUGUGGAGCACCAGGAAGAGGGCCAGACUGACUGGGUCACCUUCAAGACCGUGAGCAACAACCAUGCCCACCUCACCGGGCUGGUGGAGGGCAAGACUUACCGCUUCAGGGUCAAAGCUCAGAACGCCAUUGGUGUGAGCCAGCCAGACACUACUAUCCCUGUUACCUGCCAGGAAAAGACAUUGCCGCCAACUAUUGAAGUUGAUGUGAAGCUCAUUGAGGGUCUUGUUGUCAAAGCUGGCACCAACAUUGUCCUUCCAGGCAAAAUGACAGGCAUUCCCAUUCCUACUGCCAAAUGGAUGACAGAUGGCAAAGAGUUAGUUUCAGAAGGCCACUAUCACAUUGAGACUGCUGGAUCCUCCACGACCCUAAGUAUCCCUGAGUCCAAGAGAGGAGACACUGGAGAGUACCUCCUCACUGUUUCUAAUCCUUCAGGCAGCAAGACAGUUGCCCUGCAUGUCACUGUCCUGGAUGUUCCUGGUCCCCCUAUUGAACCCAUCAAUAUCCUGGAGGUCACCCCUGAAUACAUGAUGAUUCAAUGGAGGGCGCCUAAGGAUGAUGGUGGCACAGCCAUCACUAAUUAUGUGGUGGAAAAGAAGGAUGUGAAGAAACCAUGGGAGCCCUGGUCUGUUGUUAGCUCCAGUGGCAUGAGUACAAAGGCUAAGGUGUCCAGGCUGGAGAAGGGUCGUGAGUACAUUGUUCGGGUCCGUGCAGAGAACAAGAUAGGCAUUGGUGCUGGACUUGAGAGUCCUCCUACUAUUGCUAAGCACAUGUUUAACCCUCCUGGUCCACCAGGCCCGCCAGAGUGUUCUGAUAUUACAGAGAACGCUGUGACAGUAGAAUGGUCCUUGCCCGACUAUGAUGGAGGAAGCCCCAUCAGCGGCUAUGUGGUUGAACGCAGAGAAAUGACAGGAAAGUGGAUCCGUGUUAACAAAACUGCAGUGCUGGAUCUCAGAUACAGAGUUUCCGGCCUGUUUGAAGGCAACAGCUAUGAAUUUAGAGUUUUUGCUGAGAACGUUGCUGGUAUCAGUGAGCCUUCUCCCACCUCUCAGCCUAUUAAGGCCACACGCGCUAUCACCAAACCUGGCCCGCCUGGAAACCUUAAACUGAAGGACUGGAGCAAAUCCUAUGCUGAAAUCUGCUGGACUAAACCCACAAGAGAUGGUGGUAGUCCCAUUCUUGGUUAUGUGGUUGAGGUUCAGAAGUCAGGAAGUGCCCAGUGGGACAGAAUCAACAAGGAUCUCAUCAAGAUGUGUGCCUACAGAGUACAAGGCCUCAUUGAAGGAAUGGAGUACAGAAUUCGCAUCAGGGCCACCAACAAAGUUGGGGACAGUGAACCAAGGGAACUCCCUGAAACCAUCUUGGCAAAGGACAUCCUGGUUCCUCCAGAAGUUGUUGUUGACAUUUCCUGUCGUGACUCCCUGACAGUCAGGGCAGGUCAGAUCAUCAGUUUGAUCUCAAGGGUGAAGGGCAGACCGGAUCCCGAGAUCACAUGGACCAAGGAUGCCAGAGUCUUGUCUAGGGAUAAACGCACUGAAAUGACCAAUAAUUACCCUCUGUGUGAACUUGUAAUCGCCGAGGCAGUCAGGUCAGACUAUGGUAAAUACGCAGUUGUUGCCAAGAACAGCAGUGGACAGGCACAGGCUACAAUUAUUGUUAAUGUUCUGGACACACCAGGAGCUUGCCUGAACCUGAGAGUGGCUUAUGCGACCAAGAAAUCCUGCAUGGUGUCCUGGGAGAACCCUGAGGACAACGGAGGCACUGAAAUCACUCAGUACAUUAUUGAGUGCCGUCAGCCAAGCCAGAGAGGUUGGACGGUGGUCUCCAGUGACUGCACCAAGCGUCAGAUAAAGGCUCCUCUCACUGAGGGCUGUGAAUACUUCUUCCGUGUCAGUGCAGAAAACAAGAUCGGUGCUGGUCCACUUACUGAGUCCAAGACACCAGUGCUGGCAGUUGAUCCAAUUGAGAAGCCAGGCGAACCCAUUGACUUCCAUAUUUCUGAGAUUGGCAAGACCUUCUGCUUCCUCAAGUGGAGGAAGCCAGAUUACGAUGGCGGUAGCCGUAACCUAGGUUACCACAUUGAGAAAAAACCAAAGGAGGCUGAGGAGUGGGAGAGACUGCACAAGGGUGCCAUUAAGGAAACUUACUUCAUGGCUGACAGAUGUAUCGAGAACCAGAUCUACAUGUUUAGAGUUCAGACUAAGAAUGAGGGAGGGGAGAGCAACUGGGUGACCACACCUGAGGUCCUUGUUAAGGAACUGCUUGUGGAGCCUGAGAUCAAGAUCAAACUUGAUGGAACCCUCAUUGUCAAGGCAGGAGACUCCAUUCCUAUCGAGGCAAUAGUGAAGGGUAAACCACAGCCUGAUGUCAAAUGGACCAAGGAUGAAAACACAGAGGAGAUUAAGAAGGGCCCCAAGCUUCAGAUUGAAACAGGGGCAGACUUCUCAAAGCUGCUGCUUACCAAUGCCAGGCGCACUGACAGUGGCAAAUAUGUUGUGUCUGCUUCCAACAGUGCAGGAACCUGCUCUGCUCUAGCCAAGGUCAAUGUACUGGAUAGACCAGGCCCCAUCAGGGAUCUCAAGGUGUCUGGUAUCACCAAUGACCGGUGCCAUCUGGCCUGGGAAAUUCCAGAGGAUGAUGGUGGCUGUGAUAUCUACAACUACAUCAUUGAGAAAUGUGAGACCAAGAAAGGAAUCUGGUCCGUCCACUCCAACGCUGUUAUCACAAAUAAAGCUAAAGUUACUCGCCUUACAGAGGGUAAUGUGUAUAUAUUCCGAGUUCGUGCGGAGAAUAAAAUGGGUCCUGGUCCUGCGGUGCAGAGUGAGACCAUUGUCGCUGGCACCCAGUUCAGUGUACCUGAUGCUCCCGAAGCACCAGAAGUCACCAAGAUUGCCAAGGAGGAGAUGACUGUGGAGUGGUUAGAGCCAGAGAAAGAUGGAGGAAAGCCAAUCACAGGUUAUCUGUUAGAGAAGAGGGAGGAACAUGCCGUUAGGUGGUCUCCUGUAAACAAAGAUCCACUCCCUGGAACUCGUUCCACAGUGGCUGGACUCCUGCCUCUCCAUGACUACCAGUACAGAGUCAAGGCUGUCAAUGAAAUUGGCAUUGGCAGCCCAAGCAAGCCUUCACGUGCCAUCACUGCCAAAGAUACAGUUGAACCUCCUGCCCCUCCAACCAACUUGAAAGUCCUAGACAGCACCAAGUCAAGUUUCACCCUAGGCUGGACCAAGCCUUUAUCUGAUGGUGGAGCUCCCAUUAUUGGCUAUGUUGUGGAGAUGAAGAUGCAGGGAGCUGCCAAGAAAGGAGAUGAUGGUUGGAAGAGGUGUAACGUAGCAGCUCAGCUGGUCGUGUGUGAGUUCACAGUCACAAGUCUGGAUGAGAAGCUUGUCUAUGAAUUCAGAGUGUCAGCUCAGAACCAGGUGGGCAUGAGCCCGCCCUGCAACCUCGAGGGUGCUGUCAUCCCCAGAGAGAUUCUAGAGGCACCAGAGAUUGACUUGGAUGCUAACCUAAAGCAGGGACUGACAGUAAGAGCUGGCUGUCCCAUCAGGCUGUGUGCCACCAUUAGAGGCAGACCACAUCCCAAAGUAACUUGGAGAAGAAUGGGCAUUGACAACGUGUUCAGGAGGGGAAAAGUUGACAUCAUCGACACUAUGACCUUCAUGGUCAUCGCCGACAGCACACGUGACGACACGGGCAAAUAUUCCCUGACUCUGCAGAGCCGUGCUGGGGAGAAGGCUGUGUUUGUCAACGUUAAGGUUCUAGACACUCCUGGACCUGUAAUGAAUCUGGAAGCGACUGACAUCAAACAGACAUCCGCCGUGUUGUCCUGGAGUCCUCCGGAGAGCAAUGGUGGAAGUGAUGUCACUCAUUAUAUUGUUGAGAAGCGUGAGAUUGAUCGUAAGACAUGGGCAACUGUCAAGGCUGAAGUUCAAGGGGACAAGAUUCCCUUCAAAGUCAGUGGCCUGGUUCCUGGAACUGAGUACAACUUCAGAGUCACAGCUGUCAAUGAGUAUGGUUCUGGUGUUCCCCGAGCCACACCCACGUCCUACCUGGCUUCUGAUCCUGUCAGCAAGCCAGAUCCUUGUGAAAAGAUCGAGGUUCUGGAGAUCACUAAGAACAGCGCCACAGUUGGCUGGGUCAAGCCUGCGAGCGACGGUGGUGCGAAGAUCGAUGGUUACAUAAUUGAAUAUAUUGAGGUCAAACCUCCUCCACCAGCUCCAGCACCUUUGGAGCUUGCAGAAGGAGAGGAGGCUCCUCCACCACCUCCUCCACCUCCAGUGGAAGAGGAAAAAGAGGAGGAAGAGCCUGAAAAGGAGGUGUGGAAUGCAUACACAACUGUGAAAGGUCUGACAAUCAGCAUCAGUGGCCUGAAGGAGGGCAAGAGGUACAAGUUCAGGGUAGCUGCCAAGAACAUCAUGGGCGUAAGCUCAUUCACAGAGACAAGGGAGCCAGUCGAGAUCAAGGAACAGAUGUUGGAACCAAAAAUUGUCAUGCCGGAGAUGGUGAGCGCCAGAGCCGGAGCUAAGCUCAGAGUGGAGGCUCUGGUUUCUGGAAAACCUUCCCCAGUUUGCAAGUGGAUGCGUAGUAAAGAUGCGGUUGUCCCAUCCAGUCGUCUGGCAGUGCACCAGUCUGGUAACCUAUGUGUCCUGAUCAUCAAAGAUGUCUCCAGGACUGACAGUGGCGAGUACAGUCUGAUGGCUGAGAACAGCUCUGCAAAGGUGGUGGAGUCCCUGAAGAUCAUCAUCAGAGAUAUCCCCGGUCCACCUGAAGGCCCCGUGGUCAUCAGCGACAUCGACUCUGAUGCCUGCUCCCUGUCCUGGAACAAACCACUGGAGGAUGGAGGAACCAACAUCACCAACUAUGUGGUAGAGAAAUGUGAUGUGAGCAGAGGUGACUGGAUGACGGCUCUCUCUUCCUGUCCAAAGACCAAUUGCAGGCUUGGAAAACUCAUUCCUGGAAAAGAAUACCUCUUCCGCAUUCGUGCUGAGAACCGCUUUGGCGUGUCGGACCCCAUUCAGUCUGACAGGAUGGUUGCCAAGUUCCCCUUCGUUGUCCCCAGUGAGCCCCUCAACUGCCGCAUCAACAAGACCAACAAGGACUGCAUGUUCGUGGCCUGGGAUAAGGCAGAGAGUGAUGGAGGCAGUCCCAUCACAGGUUACUACAUUGAACGUAAGGAGAGGAACAGCCUGUUGUGGGUGAAGGCCAAUGACACAGUUGUCCGCACCACCGAGUACCCAUGUGCCGGCCUCAUUGAGGGCCUGGAAUACACCUUUAGAGUGUCCGCCAUCAACCGUGCAGGCCAGGGCAAACCAAGCAAGAAGACUGACUUUGUCACUGCCAGAACACCCAUUGACACGCCAGGUAAACCUGAGAUCCUGGAUGUAACCAAGAACUCUGUCACUCUGGUUUGGACCCGUCCGAAGAAUGAUGGCGGGAGUAAGAUAAUUGGCUACUAUGUUGAGGUUAUGCGAGUGCCAGGAGACACCUGGAUCCGCUGCAACACCAGCAGUCAGAAUGUACCAAGGGAGGAGUAUACGGUUACUGGUCUGGAGAGAGAUCUGGACUACCAGUUCAGAGUCAUUGCCAAAACUGCUGUCAACAUAAGCAAACCAUCUGAGCCCACAGACCCUGUCCUGGUCUGUGCUGAGAACGUUCCUCCCAGAGUGGAGCUCAAUGCCAGGAUGCAAAAAGGUUUUAAGGUGAAGGCUGGAGCCACAGUCCUCCUGGAAGCUGAGGUGUUUGGUAAGCCCUUGCCCAGAGUGACCUGGAAGAAAGGUGACGACAGCUUGAAGUCAGGCGAAGGCCAGGUCAUCACCCAGCAGAGGAAUCACUUCCAGCUUGAGAUGACAGGAGUCACCAAGGAACACACAGGGACUUACACAAUCCUGGCUGAGAACGCCAGUGGCUCCAAGACUGCUGAGAUUGAAGUCAACGUUCUGGACGUGCCUGGCCCUCCUGUUAGUGCCAAAUACACUGAGGUGUUGGCCACCAGUAUGAAACUGUCGUGGGAGCCACCUUUGAAAGAUGGUGGUGCCCCCAUCAAUGGCUAUAUUGUGGAUAAGCGUGAGACCAGCAGACCUAACUGGGCCCAGGUCUCCACCAAGAUCAAGGGUGAUGUCCUUGAGUUUAACGUUGAGAAGCUGAUCGAUGGUCACGAGUACCAGUUCCGAAUCCGUGCUGAGAACAUGUGGGGAGUUGGAGACCACAUCAUAACAAACCCUGUCAUUGCCAAGAACCCAUUUACUGUCCCUGGUUCUUGUGAGGCCCCAGUGAUCACCAACGUGACCAAAGAUCGUAUGACUGUGAGCUGGAAGGAGCCUGCUGAUGAUGGAAAGUCCAUCGUCCUGGGCUACAUGCUGGAAAAGAAAGAGGCAAUGGAGUUGCACUGGACAAAGCUGAGCAGGAAGCCUCUGACAGAGAGGACCCUUGAUAUUACAGGCCUCACAGAGGGAGCUGAGUAUGAGUUCAGAGUCACUGCCCUCAACAUUGCGGGGCUUGGCAAACCCAGCGAACCCUCUGCUGGCACCACUGCACAGAACCCCAUCACUCCGCCUGGCCCUGUUGUGAAUCCCAGUGUGAAGGACACCUCCCAAAGCGCCAUCAGUCUCAACUGGACUGCCCCUGCCAACGAUGGUGGAAGCCCCAUCAUCGGAUACUUGGUGGAGUGCAAGCGAACUGAUACAAAAGACUGGAUCCGCUGCAACGUUCCCAGGAACCUGCAAGACACCAGCUAUGUCAUUCAAAACCUCAUUGACAAGGCUGAGUACCAGUGUCGCAUCACGUCCGUCAACAAGGUUGGCUUCAGCGAGCCAGUUGAAGUACCUGGCAAACAUGUUGCCAAGGACAUCAUUGUUCUUCCAGAGGCGGAGCUGAGUGCAGAGCUAAAGACGCUCUUGGAGCUGCGCGCUGGCACCACAAUGAGGCUGCAGGCCACCAUCAAGGGUCGUCCCACUCCCAAGAUCACCUGGGCCAAAAUGAACACCAACCUCAAGGACCGCCAAGGCAUCAUCAUCAAGUCCACUAACACUGACACCAUGGUGAUGGUGGAGAAUGUCAACAGAUAUGAUGGUGGCAAAUACAUUCUGAACCUGGAGAGUGCGGCUGGCAUGAAGAUGUACACCAUUGUUGUCAAGGUUAUAGACACUCCUGGACCUCCAGCCAACCUGGUGGUGAAGGAGACAUCCAAAGACAGUUCUUCCAUCUACUGGGACCCUCCUAUGAUUGAUGGUGGCCACGAAAUCACCCACUACAUAGUGCAGAAGCGUGAUACUGAGAGGAAGUCCUGGUCCAUCGUCUCCGACAACUGCACAAAGACAGAAUUCAAGGUGCCAGACCUGGAUGCUGGACGAUCCUACUACUUCAGAGUGUCAGCAGUCAACCAGCUUGGUACUGGAGAGUUCUGCGAAACAGCCGAUUCAGUCAGAGCAACAGAGGAGCCUGGGCCUGUCAUGGACUUCAAGACCCUGCUGGUAACUAAACACUCUUGCACCCUAAGCUGGAAGAAACCACUUACCGAUGGUGGCAGUCGCAUUACCUGCUAUUUGGUGGAGGUUCUCAAUGGUGAUGACAAGUACAAGGAGCUAAUGAGGUCCAAGAAUAUGCAAUACAGCGCCAAGGACUUGGUGGAGGACAGAGAGUACAAUUACAGAGUCAAGGCUGUUAAUGACUCAGGAGAGAGUUCUGCCAAGGAGCUGAAAGUGGUUGCUAAGGACCAGAUCAUUCCUCCAAGCUGUGACUUGAGGGAGCUUCCCAACAUGUGCUAUAUUGCCAAGGAGGGCAGCACCGUCCGUCUGAAGAUCCCAAUCAUUGGCAAACCUACACCCAAGGUCUCCUGGAAGAAGGGAGAUGAUGAAGAUCUGACAGACACUGGCCGAGUGUGUGCCGAGUCCUCUGCGGUCAACACCACCCUCCUGAUCAGGGACUGUCAGAGGAGUGAUGCCUCCAAGUAUACCAUCACCCUGAGAAACAGUGCUGGGAGCAAGGAGUCCACCAUAUUCAUCAGGGUGGUGGGUAAACCUGGCAUCCCUAUUGGACCCAUUAAGUUCAAAGAGGUUACUGCCGAUGGCGCCACACUGAGGUGGGGCGUUCCCAAGGACGACGGUGGCUCAGAGAUCACCAACUAUGUCCUGGAAAAGAGAGACUUCGUUACCAAUAUGUGGGUGACUGUGUCCUCCUCUGUGGAGACCAACACCAUGAGAGUGACCGGUCUACAUGAAGGCACAGAGUACAUCUUCAGAGUCUGUGCUGAGAACAAAUAUGGGUUUGGAGAAGGACUCAAGUCUGAGCCCAUUGUUGCUAAACAUCCAUUCAAUGUUCCUGAUGCUCCUCCUCCUCCUCAGGUCAUGAGCAUGCGUCACAACUCAGCUUAUCUGGCCUGGUCCGACCCCAGGAAGACAGGAGGAUCUCCCAUCACAGGUUACCAUGUUGAGUUCAAAGAGAGGAACAGUAUGUUGUGGAAGAGGGCGAGCCCAGCUGCCUUGAAGAUGAGGGAACACAAAGUCACCGGGUUUACUGAAGGCUUGGAGUACGAGUUCAGAGUCAUGGCAAUCAACCUGGCUGGCAUUGGCAGACCCAGUGCUCCCACUGAUCCACAGGUGGCCCUGGAUCCCAUUGAUGCUCCUGGUAAACCUGAUGUCAUCAGCAUCUCUAGGAGCUCCGUGACACUCCAAUGGACGGAACCACAGUUCGAUGGAGGCCACAGGCUGACUGGCUACAUUGUUGAGAGGCGCGACCUACCGUCUAAGAUCUGGGUCAAGGCCAAUAAUGUGAAUGUUGUGGAUCCUGCAUUUACUGUCACCGAACUGCAGGAGGGCUGCAAAUAUGAGUUUAGGAUCAGGGCGAAGAAUGCAGCUGGUGCUCUUAGCCCACCCUCCGAGCAGACAGAUACAAUCAUCUGCAGAGAUGAAUAUGCGGCACCAACCAUUACUAUUGAUGCUCAAGUGUUAGAGGGUCUGACUGUCCGAGCUGGAGAUACCAUUGUCAUUACUGCCACAAGCAUAGAUGGCAAACCUGCUCCAACCUCAUGCUGGUCAAAGGGAGGAAAGUACUUCAAACCCUCGGACCUCGUUCAUAUUGAGACCACUGCAACUUCCUCUACUCUGUCCGUCAAAUAUGCCAGCAGGAAGGACACAGGGGAAUACAUCAUAACUGCCAGCAACCCCUUCGGUGUAAAGGAGGAAACUGUCAAGGUCAAAGUUCUGGAUGUUCCUGGUACUCCUGGGACUAUUGAAUGCACUGGUGUCUCUUCUGAAAAGGUCACACUUACAUGGGCAGCUCCAAAUGAGGAUGGAGGCUCUCCUAUCAAAUAUUACACCCUGGAGAAGAGGGAGACCAGCCGCCUGCUCUGGACUGUUCUGGAAGAAAAGGUCAUUGACUGUCACUAUGUAGCCACCAAGCUCAUCCAGGGCAAUGAGUAUUUCUUCAGAGUCUCUGCUCUGAACCAGUAUGGUGCUAGUGAGCCAUCUCACUCUGAGGCCGUCAAGAUGGUUGAUAGAUUUGGGCCUCCUGGUCCACCAUCCAAACCAGAGGUUGAGAAAGUGGAUGGACAUUCCGCCACUGUCACCUGGAGGAGACCAACUGAGGACGGCGGAAGUGAUAUCAUAGGUUAUUGUAUUGAGAAGAAGGAGAAAAAGGCUAUGAGAUGGAUCAGGGCCUCAAAGAAAUCUAUUGCUGAGCUCAGUUAUGAAGUCACUGGUCUGACUGAAGGCCUGGAGUAUGAGUUCCGUGUUUUUGCUGAGAACAAAGCUGGCUUUGGAGAGCCAAGUGAAACAUCUAUGCCUGUUAGAACAAUAGUUGCUGUGUAUUUGCCUGGACCUCCAGUCAAUCCAAGAGUCACAGACACAACAAAGACCACUGCCACCCUGAACUGGGGAAAACCUCUCGAUAACGGCGGUUGUGACAUCACUGGAUAUGUUAUUGAACACAAGAAGGAAGGCUCAGAAGAAUGGGUCAAGGAUACCCCUUCAUCUCUACUUAGAAUAACCGAAUUUGUUGUUCCCGAGCUGGACACCGGUGUAAAAUACCACUUUAGAAUUAGUGCUGUGAAUGCUAAGGGGGCAGGUGAACCUGCCGAAACUCAGGAACUGAUGGACAUUGUGGAGCGUGCAGCUGAGCCAGACUUGGAGCUAGAUAUUGAGCUGAGAAGAACCCUCGUCGUUAGGGCUGGCUGUUCCAUCCGCCUCUUUGUGCCAAUCAAGGGACGUCCUACACCAACAGUCAGCUGGACUAAGGAAGGUGGCCCUGUCCCACGUGCAGUCAUUGACAGCACUGAAUCAUUUACAAUGCUGAUCAUUCCUGAGAGUUCAAGGAUUGAUGCAGGCAAAUAUCAGCUUACUCUUGAAAACUCAAGUGGUAAGAAGACUGCUGAUAUACAUGUGAGAGUUCUGGAUUCUCCUGGACCCCCACUAAAUCUAAAACCAAUCAAGAUUGACAAAGACAGCAUUACUCUCCAGUGGGAGAUGCCUCUCAUUGAUGGUGGAGCCAAGAUCACAAGCUAUGUCAUCGAGAAGAGAGAAUCAACACGAAAGGCCUUUGCUACUGCUAUUACAAAUUGCCCACACACUUCAGUCAGGAUCAGUGAACUGGGUGAAGGCUGUGAGUACUAUUUCAGAGUAUCUGCAGAGAACGAGUAUGGUAUUGGUGAACCAGUCGAAACUGCAGAUCCAAUCCGUGCAUCCCAGGCACCAACUCCUCCAGAGAGUAUUAUUCCUACUGAUAUCACCAAGACUUCUGUGAGCCUGGCAUGGACUAAACCCAAGCACGAUGGUGGAAGCAGAAUUACAGGAUAUGUCCUGGAAGCCCAGAAGAAGGGAACUGAUCAGUGGGCCCAUGUAACAACAGCCAAGUGCAUGGAUUUCACAGUAAAAAAUCUGAAUGAGAAUGAGGAGUACAUUUUCCGAGUAAUGGCUGUCAACCUGUCGGGCAGAAGCACCCCACGUGAGAGCAAACACAUAGUUGUUAGGGAUUCCACAAUAGUGCCUGAGUUUGACCUGCGCGGCGUGUGUCAUAAGACUGUUAUUGCUAAAGCUGGAGAUGAAAUCAAAGUAGAAAUCCCAGUUAUGGGACGUCCUAGACCAACUGUCUCUUGGCAGAAGGAUGGUGCAGCCCUGAAGCUCACACAGAGAACCAAUGUGGAAACCACUUCUGCUACUGUUAUCCUUAGCAUCAAUGAAUGCAAUAGAGCAGACAGUGGUGUAUACACCAUGACAGGAAAGAACAUUGUUGGUUCUGUGACAGAUAACAUCACUGUGAAAGUACAUGAUGUACCUGGGCCACCCAAGGGACCAGUUAACAUUGUGGAAAUAUCCCGUACAAAUUGCAUAUUUGCAUGGGACCCUCCUGAGAAUGACGGAGGUGUUCCAAUUAAUAAUUAUGUGGUUGAGAUCAGAGAUACAACUUCCCAAACGUGGACCGAGCUGUCUUCUACUAUCAUCCGUACCAUGUUCAAAGCCAUUCGGUUAACCACUGGUUCAGAAUACCAAUUCAGGGUAAAGGCUAAGAACAGAUACGGUGUUGGACCUCCCAUCACCUCAGAGGCUGUGGUGGCAGCUUAUACAUUUAAAGCCCCAGGACCCCCUGGUACUCCAAAUGUUGUUUCAUUCACCAAGGACUCUAUAACAAUAGGCUGGAAUGAGCCUGUGUCUGAUGGUGGAAAUGAGGUCAUUGGUUAUCAUGUUGAAAGGAAAGAAAGAAGCAGCAUUACAUGGCAAAAGAUCACCAAGAUUAUUGUGAAAGGAAAUAUCUUUAAAUCAACCGGGCUUGAAGCUGGAGGAGCCUAUGAAUUCCGUGUCAUGGCUGAAAACAUGGCAGGCAUUGGUAAGCCCAGCAAGGCCUCCGAAGCAAUACUGGCCUUGGACCCAGUAGACCCACCAGGCCAACCUCUACCAAUAUUUGUCAAUAAAAAUGUCAUCACUAUUCAGUGGACAAAGCCUGAGUAUGAUGGUGGAUUCAAAAUCACUGGCUACACAGUGGAGAAGAAAGAACUGCCGACUGGACGCUGGAGCCGAGCCAAUUUCACCAACAUCAUUGAGACGGCAUUCACUGUCAGUGGACUGACUCAAGAUGCGUCCUACGGGUUCCGUGUCAUAGCCAGAAACUCCGCAGGAGCAGUUAGCAUUCCAUCUGAGCCUUCAGACCCAAUCAUGUGCACAGAUGACGUAAUUGAGCCACGCAUUAUGGUUGAUGCCAUCUUCAAAGAUGUUGUUCCCCUAAAGGCAGGAGAGUCCUUCAAGCUUGAUGCUGACAUAGCUGGUCAGCCAACACCAUCUAUGGUUUGGACCAAGAAUGGAAAAGAGGUUGAGAACACAAUGAAACUGGGCGUUAAGUUCACUGAACUGACAACCACGCUGACCAACAAGGACUCUAUCAGAUCAGAUGGUGGAGAAUUUGUUUUGACUGCCACUAAUGUUGGUGGAUUUGCAAAGCACAUCUUUAAUGUUAAAGUGCUUGACAGACCAGGGCCACCUGUUGGACCUCUUAAGGUAACUGAUGUCACAGCUGAUAACUGCGUACUGACCUGGGCUCCACCUGCAGAUGAUGGUGGUGCCAAGAUUGAAGGAUAUGUGAUCGAAAAACGGGAGUCAAGCAGACUGGUUUGGACUAAUGUGGCUUCAGACCUGAAAGUAACACAACAUACGGUGACGAAGCUGCUCAAAGGGAAUGAAUAUAUCUUCAGAGUUAUGGCAGUGAACAAAUACGGAGUUGGCGAGUCUCUUGAUUCAGAAUCCACUGUUGCAGACAACCCAUAUGUGGUUCCAGAUCCUCCAGAGAAUCCUGAGGUGACAGCUAUCACUAAAGAUUCAAUGGUUGUUAUGUGGCAAGCUCCCAAGAGUGAUGGCGGAACUCCCAUCACUAACUACAAUAUUGAAAGGAAAGACAAAAUAGGCCUCCGCUGGGUCAAAUGCAACAAGAGGAAGGUCAAAGAUCUUCAGUUCAGGGCAGGAGGCCUUGUUGUCGGACAUGAAUAUAAAUUCAGAAUAAUUGCAGAGAAUGCUGCUGGAGUUAGCACACACAGUGUCUCCAGUCCAUUUUACAAGGCAACGGAUGCACUCUACAUACCAGGGCCUCCAUGCAACCCUAGAAUCCUAGACACAACCAGGUCCUCAAUUACUGUUGCCUGGAACAAACCUUUAUACGAUGGAGGCUCUGACAUCACUGGCUACAUAGUAGAAACCUGCAUCCCAUCUGAAAAGGAGGAGGAGGAGGAAUGGACCAUUGUGACACCCAAAGAAGGUCUCCUAGCCACCUCAUUCACCAUUAUUAACCUGAAAGAGAACCAGGAGUACAAGAUCAACGUUUCUGCUCUCAACAGUGAAGGAAUUGGAGAGGCAGCAUCUGUACCUGACAAUGCCAAGGCAGAGGACAGGCUCCUCCCACCUGAAAUUAAUUUGGAUGCUGAUCUUCGCAAAGUUGUCAGUCUUAGAGCUUGCUGCUCUCUCCGACUCUUUGUGCCUAUCAGAGGCAGACCGUGUCCUCAAGCUAAAUGGACCAAAGGAGAUGGUGAGGCUAUUGAGAGGGCAACCAUUGACAGCACAACAUCAUAUACAUCACUUGUAAUUGAAAAUGUCAACAGAUUUGACAGUGGAAAAUAUAAUCUUACAGUUGAAAACAGUUCUGGCUCCAAGACAGUUACAGUCCAAGUGAGGGUGCUUGAUACACCUAGUGCCCCACAGAACCUGAAGAUUACUGCUGUAACAAAAGAAGCUGUCUCUCUGACUUGGGAUCCACCAGUGAAUGAUGGAGGAGUAAAGAUUAAGAACUAUAUUGUUGAAAAACGUGAGUCCACAAGGAAAGCAUAUGCCACAGUCAAUGCUCUCUGCCACCAUACCACCUUCACAGUUGACCACCUCCUGGAAGGAUGCAACUAUUACUUUAGAGUUCUGGCUGAGAAUGAAUAUGGCGUUGGUCUACCCAUUGAGACCGGUGAAUCAGUUAAAGUGUCUGAAAAACCACAGCCACCUCGCAAAGUCUCUCUUAAGGAUGUUACCAAAAAUAGUGUGACUCUCUCUUGGGAGAAGCCAGAGCAUGACGGUGGCAGCAGAAUAGGCUGUUAUGUUGUUGAGAUCCAGCCUAAGGGUGUUGACAAGUGGACCCAGGCUGUGAUUGUAAAGGAAACAGAAGCUACAAUUAGUGGACUUAAUGCAGGUGAAGAAUACAUGUUCCGUGUAGCAGCAAGAAAUGAGAAGGGUACAAGUGACCCACGUCAAAUUGGAGUGCCUGUGAUUGUCAAAGAUCUUGUGAUUGCACCUGUUGCCAAAAUGUUGUUCAACACAUUUAGUGUGUUGGCAGGAGAAGACUUGACAGUGGAUGUUCCAUAUGUUGCACGUCCCAAAGCAGCUAUAUCCUGGGUAAAGGACGGUCAGCCUAUGAAGAGAACUACCAGAGUCAACUUUAGUUCAACAGACACGUUGCUGAACCUCAAAAUAAAAGAGGCUACCAAAGAUGACGUCGGACAAUACCUCAUUACUAUUAGCAACACAGCAGGAGAGACAACUGCAAUCAUUGGCAUUGUUGUUCUUGACAAACCCGGCCAGCCAGGUGGUCCAGUUCAGGUAGAGGAGGUCACCUCUGACAGUGUAACUAUCUCCUGGAACCCACCAGAAUAUGAUGGUGGUUGCACCAUCAAAAACUACAUUGUGGAAAAGAGAGACACAUCCACAACUAACUGGAUGGUUGUUUCACCUAACCUUGCACGGACAAAAAUCAAGGCAGGCCGAUUGAAGACUGGCUCUGAGUACCAGUUUAGAAUCACAGCAGAAAACAGAUAUGGAAAAGGCCCAACUCUUCAGUCAGAUAGUAUUGUUGCACAAUAUCCAUACAAGCUCCCAGGGCCCCCAGGAACACCAUCCAUUGCAGCCUGGACCAAGGACAGCAUGGUUGUGAUCUGGAACGAACCUGUUAUCGAUGGCGGAAGCUCUAUCUUGGGCUAUCAUCUUGAGCGAAAAGAGAGGAACAGCAUUAUGUGGGUCAAACUCAACAAGUCUAUUAUUACUGACCAAACCUUCAAGACCAGUGGUUUGGAAGCAGGGAUGGAGUAUGAAUACAGAGUUUAUGCUGAAAACAUUGUUGGAAUAGGCAAAGUUAGCAAAGUGUCCGAGGGUCAUAUUGCUAGAGAUCCUUGUGAUCCUCCUGGCACCCCAGAGGCAACAAAGAUCACCAAAGACUCUUUGACCAUUGUUUGGACCAAGCCCGAGUAUGAUGGAGGUGCAAAGGUUACAGGCUACAUUGUGGAAAAGAAAGAGUUACCUGAAGGUCGUUGGCAGAAGGCUAACUUUACGAACAUCAUUGAGACAGAAUAUGUUGCAACUGGACUUCUACAGGACAAUCAGUAUGAGUUCCGUGUCAUUGCCAGAAAUGCCGCCGGGGUUUAUAGUUUGCCCUCUUACAGCACUGGCCCUAUCACUGCAAGGGAUGAGAUUGAACCACCGGGUAUCAGCAUUGACCCAGAGUACACACAGAUCAUUAUGGUUAAUGCAGGAGAAAAUUUCAAGAUUGAUGCAGAUGUUCACGGCAAACCACUACCCUCUAUCCACUGGAUGAAGGGAGAUCAGGAAUUGGGCAACACUAUUCAUAGAGAAAUUAAGAACACAACCACCAAGGCUUAUAUAUCUGUCAAGGAAGCAAAACUUUCAGAUGGAGGCCAGUAUACGCUGCUAUUGAAAAAUCCGGGAGGUGAAAAGGCUGUGCAGGUCAAUGUGGUUGUUCUAGAUAAACCUGGAGAACCUCAAGGACCUCUUGUUGUUACAGGGAUAUCCAAAGACCGAUGCUGCCUUGCAUGGAAACCACCAAUGCAAGAUGGUGGUAGCAAGAUCUCUCACUACUUGGUGGAGAGGAGAGAGACAAGCAGAUUAGUAUGGACUGUUGUAGACCCCAAGGUAGAAAAUAUUUGUCUAAGGGUCACUAAGCUCUUGGAAGGAAAUGAGUACAUCUUCAGAGUCCGUGCUGUCAACCAGUUUGGAGUGGGUGCACCACUUGCUUCUUCUGCUGCCAUAAUCAAAGAUCCUUAUUUACCCCCGGGGUCUCCCAGGAGCUUAGAAGUUUCGGAUAUUAAGAAAGAUUCAAUGAUGCUCACUUGGGAGGCUCCCUCUGAAGAUGGGGGCAGUCCUAUCACUGGAUACAUAAUUGAGAAACAUGACAAAGAAGGAGUACGAUGGACCAGAUGCAACAGACAAACAGUCACUGAUUUGACUUUCAAGCCGACCGGACUCCUGGAAAACCACAGUUAUGAAUUCAGAGUUGUUGCUGAGAAUGCUGUUGGUGUUGGUGAGCCAAGCUCCCCGACAGUAUUCUACAAAGCUCUUGAUCCCAUUUUCAGACCUGGCCCACCACACAAUCCAAGAGUUACUGACACAACUAAAACAUCAGUUUUCCUGUCAUGGGGUAAGCCUGUCUGUGAUGGAGGCUGUGAGAUUCAGGGAUACAUUGUUGAGUGCUGCACUACUACAAUACCAGCAGUGCUAGAUGAGGCAUCUGCUGAAGCCCAAGCUGCAGAGGCACCUGCCACAGAUGCACCUGCUGAGGAGUGGACAAUGUGCACACCACCAACCGGUGUCAAGAAGACCAAAUUUGAAGUUGCAAAUCUGAAAGAAAACCAGGCCUACAAGCUUAGAGUGUGUGCCAUUAACAAAGUUGGAGUUGGUGAGAAUGCUGAUGUCUCUGGAGCUGUUGUUGCCCUCGACAGGACAGAAGAGCCAGACCUUGACAUUGACCCAGAAAUGAGGAAGAUUGUAAUUAUUAAAGCUGGAGCUUCCCUUAGGCUGUUUAUCCCCAUUAAGGGAAGGCCAACUCCUACCAUCACGUGGGAUAAGGAUGAAGCUGCCCUUAAAGAGACUGCUCAGCUUGAGGUGACCAGCAGUUACACAUCCCUUGUAAUUGAUAACAUGAGCAGAACUGACAGUGGAAAAUACACCGUCACUGCCUCAAACGCCAGUGGAACCAAGUCCGCAUUUGUUGUUGUCCGUGUUCUCGACACACCUAGUGCUCCUGUUAACCUGAAAGUGAUAGAAAUUACAAAUCAAUCAGUGACACUGGCAUGGGCACCACCUAUGUUAGAUGGUGGGUCCAAGAUCAAGAACUACAUUGUUGAAAAGAGAGAAAGCACACGAAAAACAUUUUCAGCUGUUGUAACAAAUUGUCAUGCUCUUGCAUGGAAGAUUGAGCCACUCCAGGAAGGUUGUAGUUACUUCUUCCGUGUCAUUGCUGAGAAUGCACAUGGUGUUGGCCUGCCUGCAGCCACUGCAGACGCUCUUAAGGUGUCAGAGGUGCCACAGUCACCAAAGACCUUGAAUGUUACAGACCAAACAAAAACAAGCAUCUCUUUGGCUUGGGAGAAGCCCGAGUAUGAUGGUGGUAGCAGAGUCAUCCAGUACCUGCUCGAGGUGCAACUUAAGGGCCAGGAGAAAUGGUCUGGUGUUAACACUUUUAAGACAAUGGAGGCUACUGUUCCCAAUCUCAACCCAGGGGAGGAGUACCUCUUCAGAGUUACUGCAAUUAAUGAUAAGGGCAAGAGUGACCCCAAAGUCCUUGCGGGUCCAGUCAUGACAAAGGAUUUGGUGUUUGAGCCUGAUGUUCGUCCCGCAUUCAGCAGCUAUAGUGUCCAUAUUGGCAAAGACAUGAAGAUUGAAAUUCCUAUCUUUGGACGUCCUAAACCAACAGUCACAUGGACUAAAGAUGGAGCUCCUAUGAAGUUCACCACCAGAGUCAAUACUCUCAAUACACCCAGAGAUACAACACUUAGCAUUAAGGAGGCUGCAGGGGAUGAUGGUGGCAUGUACAGUAUAAAUGUUGCUAAUUCAGCUGGAAAGAAAGACACAACUGUUGAAGUCAUUGUGCUUGACAAACCUGGCCCUCCAUCCGGCCCUGUAAGGUUCGAUGAAAUCACAACACAGAGUAUCACUAUUUCAUGGGACCCACCUAAACACAAUGGUGGCUGCCAGAUUUCAAACUACAUUGUGCAAAAGAGAGAUACUACUACUCCAACAUGGGAAAACGUUAGCAUCAACUAUGCCAGAACCUCCAUUAAAGUGCCUAGACUGAAGACAGGAGCAGAGUACCAGUUCAGGAUCAUUGCUCAAAACCGCUAUGGCAAGAGUCAUGGCCUGGAUUCAUCUGCUGUGGUCGCUCAAUACCCAUACAGAGAGCCAGGCCCGCCAGGCACCCCCUUCAUUUCCUCUCUUUCAAGGGACCACCACGUUGUUGAGUGGCAUGAGCCUGUCACAGAUGGAGGCAGCACUGUUCUUGGCUAUCAUCUUGAAAGAAAAGAGAGGAAUAGUAUUCUCUGGGUCAAGAUCAACAAGACACUAAUUCACGAUACGAUCUUCAAGAGUCAUCCAUUGGAGGAAGGUGUUGAGUAUGAAUACAGAGUUUAUGCUGAAAAUAUUGUGGGUAUUGGCAGGUGUAGUAAGAUCUCAGAGGGCUCUAUAGCCCGUGACCCAUGUGAUCCACCUGGUACACCAGAGGCCUUCCAUGUCACCAAAGAUACCAUCGUCAUUCAGUGGACUAAGCCUGAAUAUGAUGGUGGCAGUAAUAUAACUGGCUAUACUGUGGAGAAGCGGGACCUGCCAGAGGGCAGGUGGGGCAGGGCAAACUUCACUAAUGUGAUUGAGACACAGUUUACUGUGACAGGACUGACUGAAAAUGCUCAGUAUGACUUCAGAGUCAUCGCUAAAAAUGCUGUUGGCACCAUCAGCAAGCCGUCCUACAACAGUGGACCAAUCACUGCAAGUGACAAGCUGGAGGCACCCAAGUUCUCCAUUGACCCUGCAUUCACCAAGACCAUUAUAAUCAAUGCUGGAGAGACAUUCAAGCUUGAUGCAGAUGUCCGAGGAAAGCCACUGCCUACAAUCCAGUGGUACAAGGAUGAAAAACCAAUUGAGAAUACGCUCCGACUCGAGAUUAAAAACACAGAAAACCAUGCGAUGAUCCUCAUCAAGGACGCCAUAAGGAUUGAUGGUGGAAUGUACACACUCCAACUGACAAAUGAGGCUGGCAGUGAGACUGUGCCAUUUAAGGUUGUGGUCCUGGAUAGACCUAGCCAAUGUGAGGGACCCCUUCACAUCACUGGAGUAGCUGAAAACAGAUGCACACUGGUGUGGCGUGCCCCUCUUCAUGAUGGAGGUAGUCCUAUUAAACAUUACAUCAUUGAGAGAAGAGAAACCAGCCGUCUAGCUUGGACUGUAGUUUCUAACAUCUGUGAGACCACAUCCUAUAAAGUCACCAAAUUACUGGAAGGUAAUGAGUACAUGUUCCGUGUCAUGGCUGUUAACAGUUACGGUAUCAGUGAGCCACUUGGAUCUGGUGGAGUGAUUAUGAGGACACCAUUUGUUCCUCCUGGUCCACCUCACAUUGAGGAUGUAUCAAACAUUGCUCAUGAUAGCAUGACCAUUAGUUGGUCUGCCCCUGAGAGUGAUGGAGGCAGUGAGAUUACCAAUUACUUAAUCGAAAAGAAGGACAGAAGUGGUAUCAAAUGGACCAGAUGCAAUCGGCAGAAGGUCACGGACCUCUCCUUCAGAGUUACAGGAUUAACCACAGGCCACGAGUAUGAGUUCAGAGUAGCUGCAGAGAAUAUUGUUGGAAUGGGAGAACCAAGCCUUCCAAGUUCAAACUACAAGGCCUGUGAUCCCAAGUACAAACCUGGAGCCCCCGCAUAUGUGAAUGUAAUUGACUCCACAAAGAGUUCCCUAACAGUGGCAUGGGGUAAGCCUCUGGCUGAUGGUGGCAGUGCCAUUCAAGGAUACAUUGUUGAAGUCUGCAAGGCUGAGCAGGAAGAAUGGGCCAUGGUUACUCCCCCCACUGGCCUACGUGUCAACAAAUUUGAAAUUACCAAACUUACUGAGGGUCAGGAAUACAAGAUACAGGUGUGUGCUCUGAACAAACUAGGAGUUGGUGAACCAGCAGUGCUCUCUGGAACAGCAAAGCCAGAGGAUAGAGUGGACCCACCAGAAAUCCGCUUGGACUCUGAGCUGAGGAAGGGCAUCACUGUGAAAGCCGGUGGAUCUGUUAGAAUCCAUAUUCCAUUUAAGGGCAGGCCAACACCUGAGAUUAGAUGGACUAAGGAUGAGGGAGCCCUGACUGACAAAGCAGUGCUGGAGAAGGCUCCAAACUUCACACAGCUGUCCAUUGACUCGUGUGAUAGGAGUGAUUCAGGAAAAUACAGCCUCAGUCUGACCAACAGCAGUGGCUCUGUGUCUGAGUUUGUUGUCGUCAAAGUCCUGGAUACACCUGGAGCCCCACAGAAUCUUGUGGUUAAAGAUGUGAAAAAGGACUCUGUCACUCUUGUAUGGGAUGUUCCACUGAUUGAUGGGGGUUCCAAAACGAAGAACUAUGUCAUUGACAAACGUGAAUCAACCAAAAAAGCAUAUUCAAAUGUGUCCGCUAAAUGCACCAAGACAACAUUCAAAGUUGAGAACCUAAUUGAAGGUGCUAUGUAUUACUUCAGAGUCAUGGCUGAGAAUGACUAUGGGGUCGGCCAAGCUGUUGAAACAAAGCAAGCUUCCAAAGCCUCUGAGGUCCCACAACCUGUUAGAAAAGUCUUCCUCACUGAUGUCACCAAGGCCAGUGCCUCACUGGCAUGGGAGAAACCAGAGCAUGAUGGAGGCAGUAGAAUUGGUGGCUACCUAAUUGAGAUGCAGCCUAAGGGUACAGAUAAGUGGGGAGUUGCAACAAAUACAAAGACAUGUGAGGGCACUGCCAAAGGACUCACAGCUGGGACAGCAUACCUAUUCCGUAUUAUUGCUUACAAUGAGAAGGGUAAGAGUGAACCAGUGGCACUUGCUGCACCUGUUAUUGCCAGUGACAUGACUGUGGAGCCAAGCAUUAAGAUGCAAUUCAACACUUACAGUGUUUUGUCUGGAAAGGACCUGAAGUUGGAAUUCCCUGUGCUUGGCAGGCCCAAACCUAGAGUCACCUGGACCAAGGAUGGUGAGCCUUUAAAGGUGACAUCCAGAAUCAAUGUGGUAAACACUCCAGCAACAACAGCAAUUCAGAUUACUGAGGCAUGCAAAGAUGACUUAGGAAAAUACUCCAUAACAGCGACCAAUGCUGCUGGUACAAUCACUGAGGAUGUGUCUGUCAUUAUCCUUGACAAGCCCGGUGCACCAACGGGUCCAAUCAAGAUAGUUGAAGUGAGCAACACCUUUGUCCAUCUUGCCUGGGAGCCUCCAGUGUACACAGGUGGAUGCCAAGUGAAGAACUAUAUUGUAGAGAAGAGAGAUACGACCACCACAACAUGGCAGUCAGUCACCACACAGCUUGCUAGAACCGCCCUCAAAGUCACCAAGCUGAAGACUGGUGCUGAAUACCAGUUCAGAAUUAUAGCUGAAAACAGAUAUGGAAAAGGUGCUUCCCUGGACUCCAAGUCCAUUGUCGUACAAUAUCCAUACAAAACACCAGGGCCUCCUGGAACACCACAUGUCCAAUCCGCAACAAAGGAAAUGAUGAUCAUUGAAUGGAAUGAGCCAGUCAAUGAUGGUGGAAGUUCAGUCAUUGGUUACCAUCUGGAAAGCAAAGAGAGAAACAGCAUCCUGUGGAACAAACUGAACAAGACUCUCAUCACUGAUACUCAGUUCAAGAUCUGUAAUCUCGAGGAGGGUAUCGGAUACGAAUUCAGAGUUUAUGGUGAAAACAUUGUUGGUAUUGGUAGAUGCAGUAAAGUGUCGGAGUCCUUUGUGGCUCGUGACCCAUGUGAUCCUCCAGGUGCUCCGGAAGCUGUUUCUAUUUGUAAGAAUCUGAUCAAGAUUCAGUGGACCAAACCUCAGUACGAUGGUGGCAGCAAAGUAAAUGGAUAUAUUGUAGAAAGGAAAGAUGUUUCCUCCCCCGAUGGACGCUGGGUCAGAUCUAACUUCACUAAUAUAAUUGAGACUGAGUAUACCACCACUGGUCUGACAGAGAAGGAGCAAUAUGAAUUUAGAGUUAUUGCAAGAAAUGCAGCAGGAGUCUUCAGUGAACCAUCCGACAGCUCUGGUCCUAUUACUGCUACUGAUGAAAUUGAACCACCAACGGCUUCAAUGGAUCCCAAAUACAAGGAUGUCAUUAUUGUUAAUGCUGGAGAACACUUGGUUCUUGAUGCAGACAUUCAUGGAAAACCACUUCCAGAUGUUGCCUGGCUAAAAGAGGGCAAGGAAAUGGAUAAAGCCCUGCGCAUUGAACUGAAAACUACACAGAAGCGUGCAGCCAUGACCAUUAAGGAUGUAACCAAGCUUGACAGUGGUCACUAUGACCUUGUGCUCAAAAAUCUAGGUGGUACCAAAACCUUCCCUAUCACUGUCAAAGUUCUUGAUAAACCAGGUCCACCCACUGGACCCAUGAAAGUGACAGGGGUCCUGGCUGACAGGUGUAUCCUUUCCUGGUCUGAGCCAGCUCUGGAUGGUGGGGCCAGUGUCAUUCACUACGUCUUGGAGAAGAGGGAGACUAGCAGGUUGUCAUGGACAGUGGCCGCACCAAAUAUCAAGGGUCUGUACCAUAAAGUAAAAAAUUUGCUCCCUGGAAAUGAAUAUAUCUUCAGAGUCAGAGCAGUGAACAAAUAUGGUAUUGGUGAUUGUCUGGAAAGUGAACCCACAAUUGCAUGCAAUCCGUACAAGCCACCCAGUGCCCCUGGAACUCCCGAAGCCAGUCAGAUCACAAAGGACUCAAUGGUUCUGUCAUGGACCACUCCAGAACAGAAUGGUGGAGCUGAUAUUGAAGGCUACCACCUGGAAAAACGUGACAAAGAUAGUGUAAGGUGGACAAAAUGCAACAGACAAAAGCUGACGGACACCCACUUCAAGGUCACAGGUCUGAUGACGGAUCACUUCUAUGAGUACCAUGUUGCUGCUGAAAAUCAGGCUGGAAUAGGUGACCUCAGUGAACUGUCCCUCUCCUACAGAGCAUGUGAUGCUACAACACCCCCUGCACCUCCACACCAUCCUAAAGUUACAGACUACACUAAGUCUUCCGUGUCUUUGUCAUGGGGGAAACCUGACUUUGAUGGAGGCGCAUACAUCAAGGGCUACCUUGUUGAAAUGAGGGAGUAUACACCAGUACCUGAAUCAACAGAGGAGGCAGAAGUAGCACCAGCAGUAGAGGCACCAACUGAAAAAGAAUGGACUAUUUGCACUCCACCCACUGGUAUUCAAGCCACUAAACUCACCAUCACAGACCUGAAGGAGGGCGGAGAGUACCAGUUCCGUGUCUGUGCUAUCAAUUCUGAGGGUGUUGGGGAGGCUGCUAAUGUCAGUGGCACUGUGCUUACAUCUGAUAGAGUGGAAGCACCAGAGAUUGAACUGGAUGCUGCUCUCAGAAAAGUGGUAUCUGUCCGUGCUGGUGGAACUCUGCGUCUGUUUGUCGCCAUUAGAGGACGGCCUGAACCUGCGGUUAAAUGGGAAAAAGUUGAGAGUACUCUCACAGAGCGUGCCGCAAUCGACACAACCAGUUCUUACACGAUGCUUGUUAUUGACAACGUCAACCGCUUUGACAGUGGGAAAUACUCGCUUUCCCUGGAGAACAGCAGUGGUACAAAAUCAGCGUUUGUUGCAGUGAGAAUUUUGGAUUCACCAAGCGCACCACAAAACUUUGGUGUGAAGGAGCUCAAGAAGGAUUCAGUGACUCUUGCCUGGGAUACUCCACUCACUGAUGGUGGAUCUAAAAUCACAAACUACAUUGUAGAGAAGAGAGAGUCUGUCAGGAAGGCCUACACUACCGUAACCAGCAAUUGCAUAGCCAACUCAUUUAAGAUUGAAGAGCUACCUGAGGGUGGAACUUUCUACUUCAGAGUCUGUGCUGCUAAUGAAUAUGGCCUAGGACAGAUGGUUGAAACCAAAGAAAUCAAAGUAUCUGAGGUACCUCUGCCACCAAGCAAGGUUACCCUUGUAGAUUUGACAAAGACCAGCGUAUCAUUGGCAUGGAGCAAACCUGCUCAUGAUGGUGGAAGCAAGGUUAUGUGUUACAAUGUAGAAUUUAUGCCCAAGAGUGGAGAUAAAUGGGGCACAGCCUGCACAGUCAAGGUGCCUGAAGCAAAUAUUCCUAAUCUGACUCCUAAUGAAGUCUAUUUAUUCAGAGUUGUUGCAAUCAACGAGAAAGGAAAGAGUGAGCCGAAGGAUCUGGGCUUGCCUGUGGUUGCAAAGGAUGUUGCAAUUGAGCCCUCAGUUAACUUACUUUUUACUACAUACAGUGUGAAGGCUGGGGAUGACCUCACUCUUGAGGUUCCUGUAAGAGGCAGGCCAAAGCCUGUUGUAGCCUGGAAGAAAGAUGGUCUUCCUUUAAAACAAACAUCAUCAGUCACCAUCUUAAACACUGCAACCUCAUCCAAAAUACUCCUCAAAGAAGCUAGCAGAGAACACGUUGGCAAAUAUGCUAUCACCCUGGCCAACACAGGAGGAACUGUCACCACAGAUAUUUCUGUAGUUGUCCUUGAUAAACCAGGUCCACCCAAUAGUAUUAAGGUUGAUGCUGUGACCUCAGACAGCAUCACACUGUCCUGGUCCCCACCAGAUUAUGAUGGUGGCUGCUCCAUCAGUAACUAUAUUGUAGAGAAGAGAGACACAAACACACAAGAAUGGCAAAUGGUUGCAAGUAAUGUUGCCAGAACAAGUUACAAGGCUGGCCGCCUCACACAUGGUGCAGAAUACCAAUUCCGUAUCUAUGCUGUCAACCGUUAUGGAAAGAGUACAUAUCUGGAUUCACCUGGAAUUUUUGCUCAGUAUAACUUCAAACAACCUGGACCUCCUUCCACGCCCAUAGUUAAAUUGGCCACCAAGUCCUACAUGUUGGUGACCUGGAAUGAGCCAGUCAAUGAUGGUGGAAGUUCUGUUCUGGGCUACCAUCUGGAGAGAAAGGAGCGUUCCAGCAUUCUGUGGACAAAGAUGAACAGAGGAAUGAUUAAAGAUACAGAAUACAAAGUCAAUGGAAUUGAAGAGGGCAUGAUGUAUGAAUACCAUGUUUAUGCUGAAAAUAUUGCUGGCAUUGGUAAAUGUAGCAAAGCUUGUGAAGCUGUAGCAGCCAGAGAUCCAUGUGAUCCCCCAGGCACACCUGUGGUCACUGCUGUUACCAGAACAUCUGUCUCCCUUUCUUGGGAAAAACCAGGGUAUGAUGGGGGAGCAAAGGUUUCUGGCUACUCCAUUGAACGUAGAGAUCUUCCAGAAGGACGCUGGACAAGGUGCAACUUUACCAAUGUGCCAGAGACCCACUAUGAUGUGACAGGCCUAACAGAAAAUAGCCAGUAUGACUUCCGUGUCAUUGCUAAGAAUGCAGCCGGAUUGUUCAGCGGACCAUCUGACAACACUGGUUCCAUCACUGUCAAGGAUGAUGUGGAUCCACCACGCAUCAUGAUGGAUGUAAAGUUUAGAGAGACAGUGUUAGUGAAAGCAGGUGAAACUCUGAAGAUUAAUGCUGACUUGGCCGGGCGUCCUGCUCCUGUCAUCUCCUGGACGAAGGAUGGCAAAGAUAUUGAGUUGAGAGCCAGAAUCCAAGUAGUCUCUACAGAUACCAGCACUUCUGUCAUUGUUAAGGACUGCAUCAGAACAGAUUCUGGAAAGUAUGCCCUGACUCUACAAAAUAUUGCCGGAAAAGUUACUAUGCCAAUAGACUGUAUAAUUAUUGAUAAGCCCGGACCCUCAGCAGGACCUCUGCAGAUUACAGGUCUCACAGCUGAGCAGUGCACCCUGUCAUGGGGUCCUCCUCAGGAGAUUGGUGGUGCUGAUAUCACACAUUACAUUGUUGAGAAGCGUGAGACCAGUCGCUUGGCAUGGACACUGGUGAAGGAAGACAUCUCAAAAACAUACCUCAAAGUCACCGGAUUGCUAAAGGGCAAUGAAUAUGUCUUCAGGGUUUUGGCUGUCAACAAGCAUGGACGUGGUGAGGCUCUGGAGAGUGAUACCGUAAAGGUCACAGAUCCAUACACUAUUGCAACUGCCCCAGCUAAUGUUGAUGUCACAACCAUAACUGGAGAUUCAAUGACCCUCACCUGGUGCAAGCCAGCCAGUGAUGGAGGCAGUCCAAUUACUGGAUAUGUAAUUGAGCGACGCGAGAAGACAGGAAUGCGUUGGGUCAGAGUGAUCAGAGAUCCAGUUGUUGAAUGUACCAGUGUAGCAACCAAACUGCGCAAGGGUUGUGAGUAUGACUUCAGAGUGUAUGCUGAAAAUGCUGCUGGUCUGAGUCCUCCAAGUGAACCAUCUGCAACAUUUAGAGCAACUGAUCCUCUGGUCGUUCCCUCACGCCCAACCAGGCCAAAGCCUGUCAGUUCAACCAAAGACACUGUGUCCAUUGUCUGGAAACCACCAACGAAUGAUGGUGGAGCUCCCGUCCUUGGAUACAGUGUUGAAUACAGAGACUACAUCCGCAAACCAGAGCCAGAGGUAGAGGUAGAGGAAGAAGAGGAAGAAUAUGAGGAGGAGGAAGAGGAAGUACUUGAAUCACCUGAAGAACUAGCAAGAUGGGUUGAAGCUAUCCCUCUUACUAAGAGCUUGGAAUUCACAAUCACAGGACUAAAGACUGACACAGAAUACGAAUUCUGUGUCAAGGCACUAAACAAAGUUGGCAGUAGUGUGCGCAGUCUUUAUUCAGAUGCAGCUGUAGCAAUGGACAGAACUGCAGAGCCAUCAUUUGAUGUUGAUAUUGAGAUGCGUAAAGUACUUAGUGUUAAGCAGGGCACAGCAUUUACUCUAAAUGUUCCAUUCAAGGGAAAACCUGUGCCAUCAGUGGAAUGGGCCAAGGAGGGUGUUGAUCUUAAAGUCAGGGGAACCCUUGAAUCAACAGAUUCUAGCACUUCCCUGACCAUUGAGAAGUCCAGCAGAAAUGACUCCGGCGAGUACAGUGUCACAAUAGAAUCCCCACUGGGAAAAGCAACAUUGCCUGUGGUUGUCAAGGUGCUUGAUUCUCCUGGCCCCCCUGUCAAUGUUAAAGUGUCAGCAGUUACGAGGGAUUCAGCAACCCUCACUUGGGAAGCUCCAGAGAACGACGGUGGUGAUGCAGUGAAGGUCUAUCAUGUUGAGAAACGUGAAGCCAGUAAGAAGGCCUGGGUGUCUGUGACCAGCAACUGCCGUGCACUGACUUACAAGGUGGAAGCCUUGCAGGAAGGAGCCAUCUAUUACCUGAGAAUUAUUGGAGAAAAUGAGCAUGGAGUCGGUGUCCCUCAGGAGGCCAAGGCUGGAACCAAGAUUACAGAGGCACCAAGUCCGCCCAUGAAACUUGGAGUUGCUAAUGUUACCAAGGACAGCAUCACAAUUGCCUGGACCAGACCAGAGUAUGAUGGUGGUAGCAGAGUUACUGGUUACCUUAUUGAUGCUCUGGAGAAAGGACAGACCAAGUGGGUGAAGUGUGCCACUGUGAGGACCAUGACUCACACUAUCAAGAGCCUAAGGGAGAAUGCUGAGUACUUCUUCAGAGUGCGAGCUGAGAACCAUGCUGGACUCAGUGAACCCAAAGAGAUGAUCGUACCAAUUAUUGUCAAGGAAAUACAAGAGGCACCAGAGUUUGACCUGACGAACUACCCGAAGGGUACAGUUUAUGUUAAAGAAGGAUCCGACCUGACCUUUGAGAUUCCUCUCACUGGAAGGCCCAUGCCUAAAGUGACCAUGUCCAAGAACAAUGUUGUCAUCAAGGGAUCUAAGAGGCUGCUGACAGACGUGACACCAGACAGCUUGAUCAUCACUCUAAAGGAAAGCAUUGCAAGUGAUGCUGGCAAAUAUGAAGUCACUGCCUCAAAUGUGGGAGGUACAACAAAGAUCUCCGUUAUCUUCGUUGUUUUGGCAAGACCCGGCCCCGCUGGUCCAAUUGAGAUCGGAGAAAUUGGCGAGACAACGGUGUGUCUGAAAUGGGCACCUCCAGAAUAUGAUGGUGGCAGUCCUGUUACUAACUACAUCGUUCUGAAGCGUGAAACCAGCACCCCCAACUGGGCCGAAGUCUCGACUAGUAUUGCCAGAAGUAUGAUCAAGGUGUCUAAGCUGACCAAGGGAGAGGAGUAUCAGUUCAGAAUCAAGGCUCAAAAUCGUUUUGGUGUCAGUGACCACAUUGACAGCAAAUCAGUCCUGAUCAAGCUUCCAUACACCAUCCCUGGACCUCCAUCCACACCUUGGAUCAGCUUUGUAUCGAGGGAGAACCUGACAAUCUGCUGGAAUGAGCCAGUAACUGAUGGUGGAAACCCUGUGAUAGGGUAUCAUCUCCAGAUGAAGGAGAGGAGCAGCAUCCUCUGGCAGAAGAUCAAUAAGACAGCGAUCCCAGCAAACCAGUGGCGAGUUGCAAACAUCUGCCCUGGCCACAUCUAUGAGUUCAAGGUGGCAGCUGAAAAUGCCGCUGGUAUUGGAAAGCUCAGCAAGACCUCUGAGGAGGUGCUUGCUAUUGAUGCCUGCGAGCCUCCAGCAAACGUCCACAUCACAGAAGUCACCAAGAACUCAGUCAGCUUGGCCUGGCAGAGGCCUCCAUAUGAUGGUGGCAGCAAGAUUACCGGCUACAGUUUGGAGAGAAGGGAAGCCGCCAGUGGAAGAUGGGUGAAAGCCAACUUUACCAAUAUUAUUGAAAUGGGUUUCACUGUAUCUGGACUCAAUCAGGAUGAGUCUUACGAGUUCAGAGUGUAUGCCAGGAAUGCUGUUGGUUCUGUCAGCAACCCAUCUCUGAUUGCUGGCCCAGUCACUUGUGUCGACGCAUGUGGUGCACCAGCCAUUGACCUUCCUCCAGAGUAUCUUGAUGUGGUUCACUACAAGGCUGGAGUUUCACUUAAGCUCAAAGUGGGAAUUAUUGCCAAACCUCUGCCAACCAUUGAGUGGCUCAAGAAUGGAAAUGAGCUGGUAGCAACCUCUACCAUGUCUGUGGAAAGUACAACAGACUCUUCUGCUGUUCUGAUCAAGGAUGCAAGUCGCUUCAACUCAGGCUCGUAUGAGGUCAAGAUCAAGAAUGUUCUCGGAUCGGCAUCUGCUACCAUCAGGAUUGAAAUCCUAGACAAACCUGGACCUCCAGCCGGCAUCAUUAACUUCAACUCCAUCACAGCAGACAAUAUCCUCUUCAGCUGGGAACCUGUGCCUGAGUCUGACCAGGGAGGUUCUAAGGUGACCCACUAUAUUGUCGAGAGGCGUGAAACCAGCCGAGUGGUCUGGUCCACUGUGUCAGACCAGCACGAGCAGACAUAUGUCACCGUUGGCAAGCUGGUGCGUGGAAAUGAAUAUGUGUUCCGCGUCAUGGGUGUUAAUAAGUAUGGAGUUGGAGAGUCACUGGAGUCCGAGCCUGUCGUCGCUAAGAAUUCCUUUGUGACUCCUGGCCAGCCUCGUACUCCUGAGGUGAACAUCAUCACCAAGUCCACAAUGGUGGUAGAAUGGGACAAACCAGGUGUAGAUGGAGGCAGCACUGUGUAUGGCUAUUAUCUGGAGAGACGUGAUAAGAAGAGCUUGCGCUGGAUCAGAGUUUACAAAGACCCUGUCACUGAAAUCAAACAGACCGUGUACCACCUGACAGAAGGAAACGAGUACCAGUAUCGGGUCUGUGCCAUUAACAAGGCAGGAGAGGGCCCGUUCUCUGAUGCUUCAGACUGCUACAAGGCGGCCGACCCAGUUGAUCCACCAUAUGAGCCUUGCAAGCUGAAGGUGGUGGACUCCACCAAGACAUCUAUCACCUUGGGCUGGUCCAAGCCAGAAUGGGAUGGUGGCAGUGAGGUCACCAGCUACAUGGUGGAGAAGCUUGUCGAGGGAGAGACUGAAUGGGCUAUGAUUACCUCAAAGGGAGAGAUCAAGACAAAAGAGUACACAGUUCAUGAACUAAAACCAGACGUCAACUACUUCUUCAGAGUAUCUGCUGUCAACUGUGCUGGCCGUGGAGAACCUCUGGAGAUGACGGAACCUGUGCAAGCUAAAGACAUCCUCGAGGAGGCUCAGAUCGACUCAGACGUGGCCAUGAGGACUCACUACAUUGUAAAGGCUGGCAAGGAUGUGGAGCUAUCUGUUCCUCUGAAAGGCCGACCUUCUCCCACUGCUUCAUGGAGCAUGGGAGACGAAUGCAUCGAUCGUAACCCCAAAUAUGAGUUCCACCACUCAGACACAACCACAGUCCUCGUUAUGCGUGAGGUGACCAGGCUUGACACUGGAAAGUACACAGUCAGGAUAGAAAAUGGUGUGGGAGAAGCCAAGACUCUAACCCUGUCUGUGAAAGUCCAGGACACCCCAGCUCAGUGCAAGAACCUGGUGCUGAAGGACGUGACCCGUGGAAAGGUUACUCUCUGCUGGGAGCCUCCACUCCUCGACGGUGGCGCCGAGAUCACAAACUACAUUGUUGAGAAGAGGGACUCCUCCAAGAGAUCCUUCUCUGCAGUGACAAGCAAAUGCACAGAAACAACAUACACAAUGGAAGAUCUGUCGGAGAAAACAUCCUUCUUCUUCCGUGUGUUAGCAGAGAAUGAGAACGGUGUUGGUGAUCCAUGUGAAACACUUGAGCCCGUGAAGGCCACAGAGACUCCAGGACCAGUCAAGGAGGUCUCCAUGAAGGAUUCAUCAAAGACGUCUGUCACUCUGCAGUGGCUGAAGCCUGAUUACGAUGGUGGCAGCAUCAUCUCGGACUACGUCAUUGAGAUGAAGCUUAAAGGCGGGGAAUGGUCAUCGGGAGGAACCAGCAGACAUUGUGAGUUUGAGGUCAAGAAACUCAAGGAGCACUCAGACAUGUUCUUCAGAGUGGCGUCCAGGAAUGAGAAGGGACAGGGAGAUUUUGUUGAGACUGGACCAAUCAAGGUCAUUGACUACAUCAUCACACCUGAGGCAAGCCUUGCUGAGUACCCAGAUGGCAGAGUCAGUGUUCGCCUGGGUCACAAUGUGCACAUUGAGUUGCCAUACAAAGGUAAACCCAGACCGGCGAUUCUGUGGCUAAAAGACAAUCUGCCGUUGAAGGAAAGCGACCAAGUUCGCUUCAAGAAGACAGAAAACAAAGCCACUCUGAUGAUAAAGAAUGUGAAGAAGGAGAAUGAGGGUAAAUACACCCUGACCCUGGACAAUAAGGUCAACAGGAGAUCCUUCCACAUUCAUGUCAUCACACUUGGACCACCAUCGAAGCCUGUUGGCCCCAUCCGACUGGAUGAAGUGAGAGCUGAGAGCAUAAUGAUCUCCUGGGAUGAACCAAAUGAUGACGGUGGUGGAGAUAUCAGCUGCUACACUGUGGAGAAGCGUGACACGUCCCUGUCUGACUGGAAGAUGGCUUGCUCCAGUGUAGAAGAUACUCAAUUUAAGCUCUCCAACCUGAUCAAGGGUGUCCAGUAUCAGUUCAGAGUGUGUGCUGAGAACAGAUAUGGAGUCAGUGAAGCUCUGAUCUCACAGAUGGUCAUCGCCAAGCACCAGUUCAGGCCUCCAGGCCCACCAGGCAAGCCUGUUGUCUACAAUGUCACCAACGAUGGAAUGACCAUCCAGUGGGAGCAGCCCAUCUAUGACGGUGGCACCCCCAUUCAGGGCUUCCAUGUAGAGAAGAAGGAGAAGAACAGCAUCAUGUGGCAAAAGGUGAACACGAUGCUGAUAAAAGAAACCGACUACAGGAUUUUGGAACUCAUUGAAGGCCUUGAGUACUCCUUCAGGGUCUACGCCCAGAAUGAUGCUGGCUUCAGUCGAAUGAGUGACGAGAGCAAGUCGACCAUGGCUGUCAGUCCUGUUGAUCCUCCUGGUCAGCCCGACUACACGGAUGUGACCAGUGACUCCGUGACACUGAAGUGGGAUGCACCCAAACGUGAUGGUGGUAGCAAAAUUACAGGUUACAACAUUGAGAAACGCCAGGGACAUGGUCGCUGGUUCAAGGCCAACUUGACCGACGUACAUGAUUGCCAGUACGCUGUCACUGGGUUGGCGACAAAUGAACGCUACGAGUUCAGAGUCAUCGCCAGGAAUGCCAUUGGCGUUGUCAGUCCUCCUUCCAACUCCUCUGGCUUGAUUGUUGUAAGGAGUGAGAACGCUUCUCCAAAUAUUGAGUUUGGCCCAGAGUACUUUGAGGGUUUGACAGUCAAGGCAGGAGACCACAUCAGGCUGAAGGUCACCAUCACUGGACGUCCAGUCCCCAAGGUCAUCUGGUUCAGAGACGGUGUGCAGGUUACCAAAAAGAUGAUGGAUAUUAUCAAUGUAGCUGGAUCCACUACCCUGUUUGUCAGGGAUGCUGACCGCACGCAUCGUGGCCUCUACACUGUGGAGGCCACCAAUGGAUCUGGAUGCAGGAAGGAGAACAUCCUUGUCCAAGUCCAAGACACACCCGGGGAGCCAGUGGGACCCAUCACUUUCAGUAACAUCUCAGAGGGCAGGUGCACUCUGUCCUGGAACCCACCAGAGAACGACGGCUGCUCUGAGAUUUCACAUUACAUCAUUGAGAAACGUGAGACUGCCAAGAUCUCGUGGGCCUUGGUGUCUGAUGAAUGUGAGGAGUGCGUGUUUGAUGCGUCCAAGCUCAUCAAGACCAAUGAGUACCAGUUCAGAGUCUCUGCUGUCAACAAGUUCGGAGUAGGCAGACCUUUGGAAUCCAGCCCUGUCAUUGCACAGAUGCAGUACACUGCUCCUGAAGCUCCAGGAACUCCUGAUGCCACUGAGGUGACAGGAGAGAGCAUCACUCUCUCAUGGGCACCUCCAACAGCCGAUGGAGGAAACUCCAUUCAGUACUACAUUGUGGAGAAACGAGAAAAGAAGACUGUCCGGUUCUACAAGGUGAUAACCAAGAAGCCCAUUAUCGAAUGUGCUCACAAGGUGCUUCACCUGACAGAGGAUACAGAAUAUGAGUUCCGUGUCAUGGCCGUGAAUGAUGCUGGUGUUGGAGCUCCGAGCAACAUCUCGAUGCCGAUUAAAGCCGCUGAACCAAAGGAUAUUCCUUGUGCUCCCUCUGUGGUCUGUGUCUCUGACUCCAGCAACACAUCCAUCAGUCUGGAAUGGAGCAGGCCUGCAGAUGAUGGAGGUUUGGAUAUCCUGGGCUACAUUAUUGAGAUGGUGAAGGGAGAAGACACAGAAUGGAAGAGAGCAAAUACAGAGCUGGUGGCAGAAACGAAUUACACAGUGACUGGUCUCCAGACAGGAGUUGAUUACAGAUUCCGUGUGGCAGCUGUCAAUCACGUGGGCAGAGGUGAGGAGAAGGAGACUCCAGAGCCGACUCAGGCUGUUGACAGGCUAAUGCCACCACAGGUGGAUAUUGACGCCACCUUCAAGCAGACACACAUUGUGAAGGCUGGAGGUUCAGUGUGCCUGGGCAUCAACUUUAGAGGAAAACCCAUCCCCACAGCCACCUGGGUGAGAGAGGAAGGAGAGCUGGGUGCCAUGUCAGAAAUCACCACUACAGACGGCUACAGUUCCCUGACCAUUGAAAACUGCUCUAGAAAUAACACAGGAAAAUACACUGUUAACCUGGAGAAUGCCAGCGGCAGCAAGGCCAUUACAUUCACUGUAAAGGUGAUGGACACACCUGGAGCUCCACAGGCUGUGGUCCUCCAGGAGGUAUCCAGAGGCUCUGUCACACUUACAUGGGAGCCUCCUCUCAAUGAUGGGGGAGCUCGAAUCCAUCACUAUAUUGUUGAGAGGCGUGAGGCCAGCCGUCGAACGUGGCAGCAGUCUGGGGGCAAGUGCAAGCAGCACAUCCUGAAGAUCCAAGACCUGCUGGAGGGAGUGCCGUACUUCUUCAGAGUGUCUGCAGAGAACCAGCAUGGUGUUGGUGAAGCAUUUGAACGGACUGAGCCGGUCAUUGCCACUGCAGAGCCAGCGUCUCCAAAGAGAAUGGACAUCCUGGACACCACAGACAGCUCUGUGUCACUGGGCUGGCUGAAACCUGAGCACGAUGGCGGCAGCCGCAUCCAGUGCUACGUCGUUGAGGCAAAGCCAAAGGGUACGGACAAAUGGGUUGUGGUUGGGAACACCAAGAGCCUCACGUACGUGAUUGAAAAGCUCAACAAGGGCGAUGAGUAUGACUUCCGUGUGAAGGCCAAGAAUGAAGCCGGCUACAGCAAGCCCAGGGAAACUUUGGCUCCUGUGUUGGUUAAAGAGCCUCAUAUUGAACCAGCUGCUGAUCUCAGUGAGAUCACCAACCAGCUGAUCACGUGCAGCUCCGGCAAAACCUUCACCAUCGAUGUUCCCACCAGUGGUAGACCUGCUCCUAAAGUCACCUGGAAGCUGGAGGAAAUGAGGCUGAAGAGCUCAGACAGAGUCUCCAUUGAAGUAACAAAGGACCGAACCAGUAUCUCAGUCAAAGAGGCCAUGAGAGGAGAUGGUGGUAAAUACUACCUGACUCUGGAGAACGUGGCAGGAACCAGGACUUUCACUAUUGAAGUGAAUGUCACCGGUAGACCCAGUCCUCCAACUGGUCCCAUCGAAAUCUCCUCCAUAACCUCUGAGUCCUGCGUCGUUAAUUGGGAACCACCGGAGGAUGAUGGCGGCACUGACAUCACCAACUACAUUGUUGAGAAACGUGAGUCUGGUUCCACAGCCUGGCAGCUCAUCAAUUCCAGUGUGAAACGCACUAGUCUUCAUGUCAGUCACCUGACCAAGUACAUGCAGUACACAUUCAGGGUCUCUGCUGAGAAUAUAUUCGGUGUCAGCAAACACACCGAGUCUGAGACCAUCGUCGCGGAGCAUCCUUUCACACCUCCUGGCCCUCCAACAAGGCCUUCAGUGUUCAAUGCCACUGCCAACACAAUGACCAUGAAGUGGGAGGAACCCUACCAUGAUGGUGGCAGCAAAGUGACAGGCUACUGGAUUGAGAAGAAAGAGAGGAACAAUAUCCUGUGGGUGAGGGAGAAUAAGAUCCCUUGCUUUGAGUGUUACUACAAGAUGGAAGGUCUAGUUGAAGGCCUGGAGUACCAGUUCAGGGUUUAUGCCAUGAACAGUGGUGGGCUGAGCAAAGCCAGUGAGGCCUCGAAGGGAGCAGUUGCGCAAAACCCAGUUGAUUCUCCAAGUAAACCAGAGGUUACAAAUGUUACAAGAACCACAGUCUCCCUCAAGUGGUCUGCUCCACUGAACGAUGGUGGCAGUCCCAUUGUGGGCUACAUCAUCGAGCGUAAGCCGUACACUUUGACCGGUGAGGGCCGCUGGCUCAAGUGUAACUACACCAACGUGACCGACAACUUCUACACUGUUACUGCCCUGGGAGAAGGAGAGCCCUAUGAGUUCAGAGUCAUUGCCAAGAAUGCCAACCAGGUCUUCAGUCGGCCAUCCGAGUCCACUGGAUCUGUGCAGUGCAAGACAGACUUUGAGCCUCCAAAGGCCCAGCUGGACAGCAAACUCUUGUCUGAAACCGUGAUGGUCAGAGCUGGUUCAGACCUGGUUCUGGACGCUGCAGUGGGAGGCAGGCCGGACCCCAAGGCUUCCUGGUCUAAGGGCAACAGGGACCUGGACUUGUGUGAAAAGUACAACCUGCAGUACACCCCCACAAGGGCCAUGGCUAUAAUCAAAUUCUGUGACAGAGAUGAUACUGGAAAGUACAUCCUCACGGUCAGGAACGUGAGUGGAACCAAGACUGCUGAGGUCAACGUCAAAGUGCUUGAUACACCUGGACCGUGUGAAGGCAGCAUUGAAAUCAGCAAAAUCACGCAGGAGUCAUGCGCCCUGAGCUGGAAGCCUCCACUAGAGGAUGGCGGUGAUGAUAUCGCUCACUACAUUGUAGAGAGAAGGGACACCAACAGGCUGAACUGGGUCAUCAUGCAUGCAGAGUGCAAGGAUCUGACCUGUGACAUCACUGGGUUGUUCAAGAACACAGAGUACCUGUUCAGAAUCCGGGGAGUCAACAAGUACGGAGCUGGAGUUCCCCUGCAGUCAGAAGCCAUGGUCGCCAGAAACACGUUCACUGUGCCAACUCCUCCUGGUGGUCCAGAGAUCCUAGUAUCAGGAAAGGACUUUGCCACCAUCGAGUGGCUGAAGCCAGAGAGCGACGGUGGCAGCCCAUUGAUCCACUACCUGGUGGAAAGGCGUGAGAGAAAGAGUGCCCGCUGGGUGAAGGUAAACAGGGAUGGAGCUCACCUAGACACCAUGCUGAAGGUGUCUGGUUUGACCGAAGGCAACAUCUACCAGUUCAGAGUGACUGCCAUCAACAAGGCUGGAGAGAGUGAAGCCAGCGAGGUUUCUUUGUAUGUCGUCUGCAGAGUGCCAACAUGCACCCCCGCCCCUCCCUCUAUCCCUCGUAUCACUGACACCCACGCGGACAGCAUCAGCUUGGCCUGGGCCCGACCGGUGGAGGACGGAGGAGCUGAUGUGAUCGGCUACAUUCUGGAGAUGCAGGAGGCCGGAGCAGAGGAGUGGAAGAAGGCCCACGAAAAGACCCUUCGUGCUGCUGAGUAUGUGGUGACCGGACUUUCUGCAGGCAAGAAAUACUGCUUCAGAGUGGCUGGCAUCAACGUCAACGGUACGGGAGACUGGAGUGAGCCCUGUGCUGAGACGGAACCAGUGGAGAGGAUUGAAAUUCCUGACUUCGAGCUCCACGACGACCUUAAGAAGACCAUCUGCCUCCGCGCUGGAGGUUCCCUCCGCCUAUUUGUCAGUGUCAGCGGUCGUCCACUUCCUGCCAUCUCCUGGAGCAAGCCAGAUGUCGACCUUCACAACAGAGGCUUCAUCGAGGUCACCAAUACGUCCACCACACUCAUCAUUGACAAGGUCAACCGCUACGAUGCUGGCAAGUACACACUGAUAGCCGAGAACUCUGCAGGCAAACAAGAAGUCAACAUCCUGGUCAAGGUCUAUGAUACUCCUGGACCAACUGGACCAAUCAAAAUCAAGGAGCUGAUCAAAGAUUCUGCCACCAUCUCUUGGGAAGCACCAACUGUAGAUGGUGGUGCUCCCGUCAACAACUACAUCAUAGAGAGGCGUGAGGCCUCAAUGAGAGCCUACAAGACGGUGACGUCCAAGUGCAGCAAGACGUCCUAUAAGAUAGAUGGCCUGAUGGAAGGCAUGCUGUACUACUUCCGAGUUCUCCCUGAGAACAUCUAUGGAAUUGGAGAACCCCGCGAGACACCUGACGUCAUCCUGGUGUGCGAGGUUCCUUUGCCACCACACAAGCUGGAAGUAGUCGAUGUCACCAAGAGCACUGUUACCCUGGGAUGGCAGAAGCCUGAGCAUGAUGGUGGCAGCAGACUGACAGGCUACAUGAUUGAGGCCUGCAAGUUCGGCACUGACAAGUGGAUGAAGGUGGCCACACUGAAGCUCACAGACUUUGAGCACACCAUUGAGAAGCUGAAUGAGCAUGAACAGUAUUUGUUCAGACUCAGAGCAAUCAACAGCAGAGGAGCCAGUGAGCCCAAAGAGCUUCUUGCCGCGGUCACUGUGCAGGAACAGAGAGUGAUGCCCGUGGUGGACUUUUCCAGUUGUCCUCAGAAGGUUGUCAAUGUCCUCGCUGGCAAGACUCUGGAGCUGGACCUGCCCCUCAUUGGCAGACCUCCUCCUGUCUGCUCUUGGUACUUGCGGGACAACAAGAUGAAAGUUACUGACCGUGUCAAGAUCAAGAGCACCGGGAAGUUCACCAAACUCACUGUGUCCGACACCACCAUCGAUGACACCGCUGACUACACCCUUGAGGUGAAGAAUGCAGUUGGUGUCCUCACGGAGGUCAUCAAGGUCAUCAUCCUGUCUAAACCCGAUGAACCAAAGGGACCCAUCAGAUUUGAUGAGAUUGAUGCCACCACCGUCACCUGCAGCUGGGACCCUCCAGUCAGAGAUGGUGGCGCUCCCGUCAGUGGCUACGUGGUCGAGAAGCGUGAUGCUCACAGACCUGGCUGGUUGCCUGUCUGUGACUCUGUUAGCCGACCCACUUUCAAGUUUGAAAACCUGAAUGAGGGAGAUGAGUAUGUCUUCCGUGCAGCUGCCAUGAAUCGUUAUGGCACUGGAGAGUUCCUACAGUCCGACAUUGUCACCUGCAGGAGCUUGAAUGAUGUGCCUGGACCUCCUGGCCGUCCAACAGUGUUUGAUGUUUCUCGGGAUGGCAUGACUGUUGCCUGGAACCCACCAGAAGGAGAUGGUGGCCUUGAGGUUUCUGGAUAUAUCAUAGAGCGCAAAGAAGUCAGGUCCGACAGAUGGGUGCGCGCUAACAAGAACCCCGUCACCAUGACCAGAUACAGGUCAACAGAGCUAAUUGAGGGCCUGGAGUUUGAACACAGAAUCACUGCAAUCAAUGCCAGAGGCCUGAGUAAACCCAGUCUGCCAUCCAAACCAGCUGUGGCAACAGAUCCCAUCGAUCCACCUGGUUGUCCACAGAACCCGAGGAUCACCGAUACCACCAAGUCCUCAGUAUCAUUGGCUUGGAGUCCACCUGAUGAUGAGGGAGAUGCAAGGGUGAAUGGUUACCUGAUUGAGAUGCAGAAGGCGGGCACUAUGGCCUGGAUCAAGUGCAACACCACCCCAUCUCUGAUCUGUGAAUACACACUGACCAACAUGCCACAAGGAGAGGAGUUCAAAUUCCAUGUGAUGGCCUGCAAUGCCGGUGGCUCUGGAGAGCCUGCGGAAGUGCCAGGAACUGUCAUAGUGACCGAGAUGCUUGAAUCUCCUGAUUAUGACUUGGAGCUGAAGUACAAAGAUGUGUAUGUGGUCCGCCAGGGUGGAGUAGUUCGCCUCUCUGUGCCCAUCAAGGGUAAACCUCAUCCAGUCUGCAAAUGGUUGAAGGAUGAAGGUGCAGUCUCCACCAAGGCCAUGAUUGCCUCCACCGAAGAUGCCAGCGAGCUGGUGAUCAAGGGGGCUGAGAGGAGUGACUCUGGUUUGUAUGACCUCCUGCUGGAGAAUAGGGUCGGCAAAAAGAAGGCCCAAAUCAAGGUGAAGGUCAUUGGGCGCCCAGGUGCUCCAGAGGGACCAAUGGUCUUUGAGGAGAUCCAGGCAAACUCUGUCAAGGUGGCAUGGAAGGUACCCACUGAUGACGGGGGCUCAGAGAUCUUGGGUUACAUUGUGGAAAGACGGGAGGCAGCCAGAAACGCCUGGUACGCCGUGGACUCGAGAGUGACUGACACUCAGCUGGUUGUCAAGGGCCUGAAGGAAGGAACAGAGUACCACUUCAAGGUCACAGCUGAAAACUCCUUCGGUGUUAGUGCCUCCCUAAAGUCCGAGCAGCCAGUUGUGCCUCAGACUCCUCUUUGUCCUCCUGAGUCUUCAAGCACCCCACCAGAGAUCAUGGAUGUCACCAAGAGCUCUGUGGCCCUGGCUUGGUCCAGACCGAAGGACGACGGUGGUUCUGCCAUCACUGGCUACUUCGUUGAAUACAAGUUGGUGUCUACUGAAACAUGGUCCCGCCACCAGACGAAGAUCACCUCCACCAUGUUUACUCUACCUGGACUCACCCCGGACUCAGACUAUCAGUUCCGCAUUGUUGCCGUGAACGACGUUGGUGAGAGUGAGGCUAGUCCUGUGUCUGACCCAGUCACAUGCAAGGAUCCAUUUGACAAGCCGAGUCAACCAGGUGAGAUCGACACAGUUAAUGUUACAAACAACUUCAUCACCCUACGCUGGCAAGCUCCAGAGUGCGACGGUGGAAAGGAAGUCCUGGGCUACUGGGUGGAGUACAGGAAAUCAAUUGAGAGUACUUGGAAGAAGUCCAACAAGCAAAGGUUGAAGGAAAAGGAGUUCACCAUGCCUGGAUUAAAUGAGGCCACCGAGUACGAGUUCAGAGUGUUUGCUGAGAAUGAGACAGGAAUGAGUCGACCCCGAAGGACUACCACAUGCAUCAAGACUAAACUGAGCGUUGAAACUAAGCCAAGCCUGAGGAAGGAAAUGGAUGAAGUAACUGUCAAACUUGGUCAGCCUGCGGUCAUGAAGUGCCAGAUCAUUGGCAGACCUGUUCCUGAAAUCAAAUGGUAUCAUGUCGACAAAGAGGUUGUCGAAUCCCGCAAGUAUGAGAUGAGCUCCGAUGGCCGCAACCACUCCCUGUCAAUAAUGACCAACCAGCAGGACGAUGAGGGACAGUACACCUGUAAGGCCAUCAAUGAGGCCGGAGAUGCUGAGACAGCGGGUCUCCUGGUGUUGGAGGCAGCUCCAUCCUUCCAUGCUGACUACCCAUUGAAGGAAACCUACUAUGCUGGCCUGGGAACUACUCUGCGUAUCCACGCCGUGUACAUCGGCCGCCCAGAGCCAAAGAUCAUGUGGUUGCAUGGAGUGAAGACUCUGGAGAACACAGAAGACAUCAACAUUGAGACAACUGAGCAUUACACACACCUUGUCAUUAAGAAUGUGCAACGCAGAUUACAUGGAGGCAAAUACAGGAUCAGACUACACAACCACUUUGGCAGAGCUGACACCGCUUUCAAUGUGGAAAUCUAUGACAAACCUGAAAUGCCGCAGGGUCCCAUUGUCCUGGACGCCCUCCUGAAGAAUUCAGUCAUCAUCAGCUGGAAGCCUCCCCAGGACGAUGGAGGCUGCAUGAUCACCAACUACAUCGUGGAGAAGCGUGAGGACAAGGAGGGAACCGAGUGGGAACUGGUGUCCUCAUCCAUUAAUGGAACAUCUUGCCGUGUCCUCAACCUCAUCGACAGUGCUGGAUACUUCUUCCGUGUGUAUGCCCAGAAUCGCUAUGGCAACAGUGAGCCAUUGGAGCUCAGUUCACCUAUUCUCAUCAAGAGCCAAUUGGAGAAACCAUCACCACCUCUGUCGCCAGUUGUUUCGGCAAUUACCAAGGACUCCUGCGUGGUCUCCUGGAAGCCUCCACUCAGCGAUGGUGGCUCCAAGAUCAAGUGCUAUUGCCUUGAGAAGAAGAACAAGAAGGACAAAAAGGAAUGGACCGAAUGGACUCCGGUGACCACAGAUGAGAUCAAAGCGACCGUGUUCUCAGUGAAGCAUCUUAAUGAGGGCCUUGAGCACAUCUUCCGUGUGAAGUGCGAGAACGUCGGAGGACAGAGUGACUACAGUGAGGAGACUGCUCCCAUGGUUCCAAUCACGGCUGUCGAGAUCCGUGCUCCAGCCUUCAAGGAGGAGCUGAGGAACAUGAGCGUCAAGUACAAGAGCAAUGCCACCCUCGUCUGCAAGAUCUUAGGACAGCCCAAGCCUGUGAUUAAAUGGUUCAGACGAGGAAAGGAGAUCCAUUCUGACGGAAAGAAGAUCAAGAUCCAGGAGUUCAAGGGAGGUUACCACCAGCUAGUUAUCACUGAGGCGGAUGAGGAAGACUCCACUGUUUACCAGAUCAGAGCCACCAACCAGGGAGGCUCCAUCUGUGCUACAGUCUCUUUGGAUGUUGAAGUCCCUGCCCAGAUCCAUCUGCCGAAGAACCUUAAAGACAAAGAAGCCAUCCCUGCCCUGCGUGGAGAGAUGGUUAAUAUCAAGAUUCCUUUCGGUGGCAAACCAGAUCCUGUCAUUACAUGGCAGAAAGGACAAGAUCUCAUCGACAGCAAUGGCCACUACCAGGUCAUUGUAACCAGGUCAUUCACGUCCUUGGUGUUCCCCAAUGGAGUGGAGAAGAAGGAUGCUGGUUUCUACAUUGUGUGUGCCAAAAACAGAUUUGGCAUUGACCAACAGACAGUUGAGCUGGAUGUGGCUGAUGUGCCUGAUCCUCCACGUGGUGUCAAAGCCAGUGAAGUCUCCAGAGACUCUGUUACUCUGAACUGGGUGGCACCAGCUAAUGAUGGCGGCAGUAAGGUCAAAAGCUACAUCAUUGAGAAAUGCCCCACCACUGCUGAGAGGUGGGAGCGUGUCGCCCAGUCCCGUGACACUCACUACACAGUGAUCAAUCUGUUUGGAGGAACCAGCUAUCAGUUCAGGGUCAUUGCUGAGAACAAAUUUGGACAGAGUGCUCCAUCUGAGACCAGCGGACCUGUCAUGACUAAAGAGGACAAAUCCAGAGUCCUGCUCUAUGACAGGGAGGUUGACGAUACUGGACGUGUCCCCAGGGGCAAGGCUCAACACUCUGAUGCCAAGAAUCUGCACCUCAAAUAUGCUAUCGCAGAGGAAGUGGGCAGAGGUCAGUUUGGCAUUGUCCACCGCUGUGUUGACAUCAGCUCUGAGAAGACAUACAUGGCUAAAUUUGUCAAAGUGAGAGGUGCUGAUCAAGCGAUAGUCAAGAAGGAAAUUGCAACACUGCGCUUGGCCAAACACACUAACUUCCUCCUUCUCCAUGAGUCUUUUGACAGCCCAGAAGAUCUAGUGAUGAUCUAUGACUUCAUCUCUGGUGUCGACAUCUUCGAGCGCCUCAGCGCAGCUGACUUUGAGCUUAAUGAGCGGGAGAUCGUUAACUACAUCAGGCAGAUCUGCUCAGCUCUCGAGUUCUUGCAUGCUGAGAGCUAUGGAAACUUUGAUAUCAGACCUGAGAACAUUGUGUACACAACAAGAACCAGCUCUAAUGUAAAGAUCAUCGAGUUAGGCCAGUGCAGACACCUAACUCCUGGAGAACAAAUCAAGAUUCAGUAUACCACUGCAGAGUAUGCUGCCCCUGAGAUCCACCAGUGUGACUUGGUCAGCAGUGUCACUGACAUGUGGUCGGUUGGUGUCCUUGCCUAUGUCCUCCUCAGUGGACUUAAUCCAUUCACAUCUGAAACCAACCAACAGAUGAUCGACAACAUCUCCAACGCAGCCUAUAGCUAUGAAGACGAGUCCUUCACACAGGUCAGUUUUGAGGCAUUAGACUUCACAGACCGCCUCAUGACAAAGGAUCGUAGACAUCGUAUGUCUGCUGCAGAGGCUCUGGUGCAUCCUUGGCUUGCCAAGCCUGCAGAGGAUAUCAGCACCAGAGCAAUCCCAUCUGGUAGACAUAAAAGAUAUUACCAAGCGAUGGUGAGAAAAGAGUGGAACACCGUUGUCUCUGCAGCUCGUGUGGCCAGUGGGGGUUCCAUCAGGUCCCAGCGUGGAGUCUUUGUUGCCAAGGUGAAGAUUGCUUCAUUUGAACACGGUCCUCUUGCAGGACAGAUUGGACAUGCAGUGGUGAAUGAAGGAGACAGCGUGAAAUUCAUCUGUCACAUUGACAACUAUGAUAGCACUACUGAAGUGACAUGGUACUGUGGAGUUAGACAGCUUGAAGCUGGUGAAAAAUAUGAAAUUGAAUAUGAGGAUGGCCUGGCUGUUAUCACCAUCAACAAGGUCACAAGGGCAGAUGAUGGUACCUACAGAUGCAAGGUUGUUAAUGAGUAUGGUGAAGACAGUUCCUACGCUGAGCUGUUCAUCAACAGUGUUAGAUCGUGCCGCGAGUACUUCACCAGUCGUGUGGUCAAGAGGACAAAGCGCAGAGUGGACACUGCCAGAAUGCUUCAGAAACCACCGGAGUUCACCCUUCCUCUGGUCAAUCGGACAGCCUACAUGGGUGAAGACGUGCGCUUCAGUGUCACCAUAACUGUUCACCCUGAGCCUCGUGUCAUCUGGCACAAAUCAGGACAGAAACUUAUCCCUGGAAAUGAUGACAAGAAAUAUACCUUCAUCAGUGACAAGGGUCUGUACCAGCUGAUUAUCCACAAACUGGACAAGGAGGAUGAUGCAGAAUAUAGUGUUGUAGCACGUAACAGGUACGGUGAUGACAGCUGCAAGGCUCGUCUUACUGUCGUUCCUCGUCCUAAACCAGCAGAUCUCACCCUGAGGCCCAUGUUUAAACGUCUGCUAGCGAACGUAGAGUGCAGGGAGGGCCAGAAUGCACGGUUUGAAAUCAGAGUGUCUGGCCACCCCACACUGAAGUGGGAGAAAGAUGGCACACCUUUGGCCUUUGGACCAUCUAUUGAGGUUAUCCACGAGGGUCUUGAUUACUACAUCCUUCAUGUGAGAGACACUCUCCCUGAGGACUCUGGCAUAUACAGAGUAACUGCUACCAACUCUGCUGGAUCUGCCAGUUGCCAGUCCACACUCAAAGUGCAGCGUGUCAGUCAUGUAAAGAAGGAAUAUGAGACCAGUGAAAAGGAAAAGCAAACGUUAUCUGGACAGGAAGAAAUGGACAAAAAGUUGAGGCUUUACCAGAUUAUGUCCGGCACUGUUGUUGCGCCCCUCCCACCUUUAGCAGUACAAGCUGUCAGGGAGGCCGCCACCAUGUUCAAACCGGCUGUGACAACUAAGAAGGGAGAGAAGACUGAGAUCGAGAUACAGAAAGAACGAGAGGAGAGAAAGAAGCGAGCGGAUGAGAAGAGGCUGCGUAUGCCCUAUGACGUCCCCACUCCUCGUGUCUUCAACCCAGCUGUUCUCGAGGAAGAUGUGGAAAUCAAACACUUCAAGCCACUCUCUGAUAUGAAAUGGUACAAGACACUGCGUGAUCAGUACGAGUUCCCUGAGCCUAUGGAUAAAAUAAGUCACAAGAGGAUGAAGCGUAUUCGCCUCUCCAGGUGGGAACAGUUCUAUGAGGUGCCAAUCAGGAUCAAGGACCAGUAUAAGCCUAAGUGGCGCAUCUCAUCCAUUACUCAGGAUGACUUGGAGACGGUGAGGCCUGCAAGGCAUCGCACUCCUUCCCCUGAGAUGGAGGCAUACCACAGGAUCAGGAGGAGAUCCCUGGGUGACCUCUCCGAUGAGGAACUACUGCUGCCUGUGAAUGAGUAUCUGUCCAUGAAGAGAAUAGAGGAGGAGAGGCUUCGUCUGGAGGAAGAGCUGGAACUGGGGUACUCUGCUUCUCCACCGAGCUUCAGCCCAGUUCGCUUUGAACUGUCCGCCCUGCGUCCCUCAUCUCCUAGAAGGGCCUACAGUGAUGAUGAAGAGGAAGAAGGGGUCUGUAGAUAUGACUCCUACCGAAUUCCAUCUAAAUAUGAGGCUGGUCCAAGUUUUGUUGAGCUUCGCCAGCGUCACGACAAAGCCACACACACACCUCAGAAGCAGAGGGUUUAUGAAGAGCGAGAAGAUGAGGAGCUGCUGCGCCCACACACCACUGCUCAGAGAAUCACAUCAUACAAGAGUGAACUCAAACGCAUGGAGUUUGAGGAGAAGAUGCGAACCUCUAAAAAGGAAACAACUGUCACCGUUGCAAAAGUCUCUGAGAGCGUUGAAUCUGAGUACCUGACAUCCUUCACCUCAGCAUAUAUUCCUAAACCCAUUAAGAAGCUUCCAACGCCUGAACCUGUGAGGGGAACAUCUUCCACACCGGAAAAGGCUGUGAAGACUGACGUCGCCUUUCCGAGAGUUGACUUUGCAUCCAGGUACGAGGAGAGGAAGCAGGCUCUCAGGUCAGAGAGAAGAUCAGUGGAGGUUGUGACACAGGCUCCGUUUAGCCUUGACCAUGGUCCACAAAUCACCAUCAGGCUGCGAUCUCAUCGUGUCCCCUAUGGCUCCAACACAAGGUUCACCCUGAACGUCCAGGCCAAACCAGAAUCUGAGGCCAAGUGGUUCCACAAUGGAAAAGAGAUUCAUCAGAGCAGUAAGUACCACAUGACCAAUAUCAGUGGAGUGCUGACCCUCCAGAUCAUCAACUGUGAGACUGAGGAUGCUGGAACUUACCGUGUUGUCUGCAAGAACACCAAAGGAGAGACUUCUGAUUAUGCAACAUUAGAUGUUGCAGAAAACGAAUAUGUUCUUUUCUCUUCACACCACAAAGAUGAGGAGCCUCCAUCCGCACAUCUGCCUGAAAUGACCAAAACAGAGGAAUAUCACGUCUCUUCCUCUAAAUCAACAGAAACCGUGACUGAAACUGUUACAGAGACCACUACUGUUGUUGAGAAGCCGAGGGAGAAGCCAGGUGCUCCUGCUCAGAUCCUGACCAAACCACAGUCUCUCACGGUGGAGGAGGGGGGCCUUGCCAGAUUUGACUCUGAUGUCGCUGGUGAACCAGCACCUUCUAUCACCUGGUUGCAUGAAGGCUUAGUUGUUGGUUCCUCUGCUCGUCACCACAUUGUCUCCACCCAGAACAACUCCUCCUUCGAGAUCUCUCCCGUGGAGGUGUCGGAUGAAGGCAGCUACACUCUCCUGGUGGAAAAUGAUAGAGGCAAACAAGAGGCUCAUUUCACUCUAUCGAUCCGUAAAUCUGAUUCCAAGGAAGAAGUUGUUGCCCUUACUAGAAUCACCUCUCCAGAGGCUAAGUCACCUCUUCCCAAGUCACCUGAACCAGUCAAAACUCCUAAGAGACUCAAGUCCCCUGAGCCAAUCAAGUCCCCACAGAGAAUCAAGUCUCCAGUCUCACCGAAGUCCCCAACACCAAAGUCCCCAACUCCAAAGUCCCCAACUCCAAAGUCCCCAACUCCAUCAGAACAGAGCGAGCAGGGAAUCACCAUGAGUCGGUCUGAUGCCGCUGCUCCUCGGUUCCUCGUGCAGCCGAGGUCCCAGAAUGUGAACGAGGGACAAAAUGUGAAAUUGACGUGUGAAAUCGAAGGAGAACCUUCACCUGAAGUGGAGUGGUUGAAAGACAAUGUGAAGAUUUCUGUCACGUCAAACAUCCGACUGAGUCGCUCUCAACACGUCCACGCUCUGGAGAUCCGUGAAGCCACAGUCGCAGACAGCGGCAAAUACACGAUCAAAGCCAGGAAUCAGUUUGGACAGUGCUCUGCGACAUCGUCACUCAACGUCUUCACCCUUGUUGAAGAGCCAACCACAAUGAUUAUCACGGAGCAAAGAGAUUUUACUGGCACUGCUGCUGGCGUGCAGAAAACCUUCUCCGCCUUGUCCGUCCACCAGGGGGCCGACAUGCAGUCGAGCACCUUCAGCCGUGACGCCCACUCGUCUGCUGCCCACAGUUCAUUUCAAAGCAUGUCUGAGGCUAGCAUGUCUGAGGCUAGCAUGUCUGAGGCUAGCAUGUCUGCCAUGAUGGCCAAGUCAAUGGUUUCCAUGAGCUCCAGCAGCCAAAUGAUGGAAAUGUCUAUUCAGUCGCAUGUGACGGCCUCGUCCUCCUUGAGCGCCCAAACCACCGGGGUCAAACGAGGUUUUCCAGCAAAGAUCGAAGCUCUUCCCCAGGACGUCAGUGCCGAGGUGGGGAGGUCCCUGACGAUAGCGGGGGUGUUCUCCGGAGACCCCGCCCCCUCCGUGCAGUGGAUGCGCUCCGGUCGUCCCCUCCCCAGCGGAGACGGGCGCUACCAGGUGGAGAACACCGGUGACGUCUCCACCCUAAUGAUCUCUGCGGUGAAGGAGGGCGACAGCGGGGCGUACACCCUCCGCCUGUCCAACGAGCUCGGCUCCGACUCCAGAACCGUCAACGUUCUCAUUCGGUCCAUGUAAAAAAAAACGUGCAUUUACCCCGCCCCCCCGCUUCCCGGAUCGAGAUUCUUUAAUUAGUGAAUUAGCAACGAUAACCGACUUGAUAAAGAUCUGGAUUUUCUUCUUGUAAAUAUGAACUAUUUUUGUACCAAACUUGACAUUAAUUUAUGCCAAACUAGACUAAAGUCUAAAGUUGUUAUAAAAUGUGCCAUAUUGGAUAACUAUGAAUUAGGAUUUUUGAACCACUUUUCUGUGACAUGUACAUAAUGUAUAUAGCCGAAUUUAACGGUUAUGGGAAAUGUAUGUAUUGUUAUUUAUGACAAUAAUAUUAACCGAAACAUAAUGAAACUAAAUGCAGUUUAACAGGAGAAAGUUUCAACAGAAACGAAUACCCUGUUAAACUGAGAAACUAAACUGUGCCUCAACGAUAAGUUGAAGUCUGUAAGUUUGCCUCAGCAGGUAGAGCGGCUCCCUGCUGACGAUCGGAAACCAGAAACAGAAAGACAAAGUUAUUGUUCUGGACACGUGUCGGUGCCCGGUACAGUUUCCUAUGAGAUGUACCAUGAGCAUAAGACCCUGAGCGCUGUUUGCGUUACCCUCAUGUAAGCAGCGUGAACCGGCCUUGUGCUCCGACCCACGUGUCGUACACCACGAUGUGACGACCUGCCCGAGUGCGAGCGGCCUGCACUCCCGGCGUUUAGAUCAUUUGAGUUAAGAGCGCUGCGUCUGGAACAGGACGGCCGGGUCGGCUUCUUAAAACAACUCCUGGCCACGAGCGUCCAGAAGGUCGACUCCGGCUCUGCUGUCCAGACGCAGCGCCGGCUCCUGGAGGAUAGUUAAUGUGUUAGUGUGUUUGAGUGCGAGUGUUUUUAGCUUUUAGUCAUUUCACCUCGUCAGUAGUCAGGGUCGUCGUCUUCGUCCACGUUGAUCCAUCUCCUGUGGACGAAGCAAGAGCACGCUGUGUUUCACCCUGAACUUUGAUUGAAUUGGUCUGUUGAUGUAGAACUAUAUUUCAUCCUCCUUGAGUUUGAUGCAUUACUGAUUUAAUAAAGCAUGAUUUCAGCACAACA